GUCACCGCCUCCCCGCCCGCUUCCCGGGCUAUAUGUGUCUGUGCGCCGGAGCGGCCGCCGCUGCUGCUGCUGCUGCUUCUUCGUGUUGUGCUGCCGCUGCCCCGGAGGCUCCGCUCGGCUUCUGCCCGCCGCCCUCGCCCUCUUCCUCGCCGGCCAGCGACUUCCGCCCCCUUCGCGGGAUCCGGGCCCCUUCGGACUCCGCUCCCGCCUCGCCGCGCGGCCUCGCUUCCCGCCCGGCGGUGGUCUUUCGGAGGGGCUUCUUCCAGAGGGAGGAGAAUUGUCCGCGGGAGGAAAGCGCCGCGGGGCCUGUCCUGGGUGAGCAGCCUGGCGCUCCCUUCCGGGUUUGGCUUCCAAUCGCCGUUUGUCGGGUUUGGCCGGGACGCGAGGAAACUGGAAAAGGGGGAAAGGCAGUUUUAAUGAAGAAUUAAACGGUAAAAGGAAGAAAAGACUCAGUUCGUAUUUCCCCCCCGAAUGUGUGUGUGCGCGUAUCCCCGGAUUGUUUUCCGCCUCUUGCGUCGCUGUCUCGAGGUUCGCGGGCUGUUCUUUGUCCUCCGGGAAAGGGAAAUUGCUCAGCAGCCCCACGUCCUCCGCCUCUUCCUCUGGCAAAAACCUGGCUAUGGUUGUAGUCAUUUAUUUUGGGGUGGCGGGCGGGGGGUGUCUUUGUCAUGGAGCUUUUCUAGGGGAAAUCUCUCCUUUUUAGGGGGAGCCCGAAGCGUUUCCUAAAGCUGGGUUUGCCCAGGACUAACUAAAGUACAGUAGUCCUGGACGUUAGCUGAAUAAUAAAAAAGGCAGAACAAAGUAAGUAGUAUUCCUUUGUGCUAAUGUGUAAAAGCUUUUUUCUCCUGUGUUCUUGUGUCCCCACCAAAGGAUUUCCCACCUCUAAAAGGAAACAUAAGUUUUUGGUGUGGUGUUUAUCCUUUUAAAGUUUGCUUUUAAAAACUGGCCUUGUGUCCUCGGUCUCAAUUAACCCUAGUGUGAUGUAUUUGUAGCAAAGUUAUUUUCCUUCUCCAGUUUCUUUUAAAGGGCUAAAAUAGAGGAGGAGGUGUUGUUUAAUUUCUUAUUUGUUUUUAUCAAAAGAGGAGUACAGUGAUUUGAGAUGGUGAGGGUUUUGAUGUUGUCAUCUUUGUGCUUUAGUUAUGAUUUGGUUCAAUCUGUCAGUGUGUCAUCUCUUAAAGAGAAAUCUUUUACACCUGCUCCUACUAAUUUGAAGUUCUGUGUUAUACUGUUUCAUUUAAAAAACCUGCAAAACAUAGUUCCAUGAGUCUUGGUUUAUGACAUCGUACUUUUCUGUGAAGUGUUUUAUCACAUUACCUUUUAAACAGCUACAUGUUUUAUAUUGGCUGGGAGUCAACUGACUUUUUCAGUACAAUCAUUGUGAUUCCUCUUCUUGGCUUUCUAUCAGCUGAAUUCCAGUUUUAUCUGUUCUGAAUCUGAGCUGUCCAGCAAUGGAAUUAUUUUUUUCUAUGCUUAACUUGUAAGGGGGAAGGAAAGUGGAGUGGCCAGAAGUGAGAGUGAAGCUAAGUUUCCUGUUUUCUAUUUUGUAUCUCACAAAGCAUAUUAUAAUGAAAGGUAUAGUAGCAUGCUGGAUGUUUAUAUUAGAUGUGCUGCUUAUAGUCUAGGGUGUUUUUGCCUGUAUGCUGUACUUUGGGUUUAAUAUCUCUCAUAUAAAUUGAUACUUCCUGUAAACUGUCAGUAUUACCCAAACAUCUGGUCCAUUGACAAGAUAUAUUUUCAUGCUUGUGUUUCCAGUUUGAUAUUCAGAAAACAUAUUUUAAGAGAACUAAUACUGAUACUAAUACUAAAAAGUGCUCCUGAGGUUUUGGCCCUAUUAAAUAAAUGCAGCAUUGCUGUUGAUCUUUGGAAUUAUUGACUGAUGAAUAUGGAAAAACUAUGAAUACACCAAGGCCAACUACUACAUACAUCAACUGGGAAGUAGUUUCAAGUGAAUCCAAGUCCCUUGUUUCAAAAUGUAUUAUAUUUGAGGCACAAGAUCAAAUGCACCACUUUUGAAGUCUGAGCUGUCAGCAGGUUUUAUUACCACCCGUGCACGUCAGUGGUGUUUAAAAGUUUUGUUAUUUGUGAGCUUACGUGAGAGAUUCUUGGAAAACUUGUUUAAAUGGUUUAGAGACUUCAUUGUGGUCAGGGAUUUUCUUCUUAAGAGUUUUUUUUUAAAUCUAAACUGGCAAAUAAAGGUAGAAAGAGGAUCUACUCCUAAUUUCAGCAUGUGUAGCCUUGACUUGUCUCUCCCCCCUCCCCCCUCCCCCCACUCCCAGGGUGGAGAAUAUAUUGAUUUUGCUUUAUAGGUGGUCCUACUUGCUCCUUGUACAUGCUUCAGCUUCAGAUAUAAUCAAUUAUGACUGUUUUAAGCCUAAUGUGGAUAUGCCUGGUUUGAAUGGUGAUCACUCUUUGUCUGACUGACCGGGCAGGAAAGGGAUUUGGAAGCUGUGGUGGAUUAGUCAGUGAAAAAAUCAGAAAAAAUAAAAAUAAAAAACAAACUAAAACAGGUAUUUAUCUUAAAAAUUUAUCUGAAAAAUAAUAAUUGUGGUUUAAACUGUUGCAGCAUUCAAAUAAUUUUCAGUAGCAGUUUCAAGUAUGAUGUAAAAAUUAAGUUAGACUAAAGAUUACUAAAUUUUAAUAUAAUCAUGUUAUGUCAGUGAAUAACUGAUGAGAAAUUGAAGUAAGGAGUAGAUGGGAAGUUGGGUCUAUAGAAAAAGACCAUCGUUAAUUUAAAGUUUUGAGAUUAUUAGUUAAUGUAUUAAUGUUCUUUUUGUUUUGUAUUGAUGGAUAUUUGUUUUUUCUUUUUGGUGUGUUAAAGUACACAAUUAAAAGAAAAGAAAAAGAAAUGUUGAUUCAGUGUGGGCCUGCUGUGAAAAAGACAAUAUAUUAGAGAUCAUUACAUGGAUUCAACACAAGUAGAGUCACCUUUGAAUGGAGUUUUUGUUGUGAUGCACAAAUGCCAAGGCUUAGUAGGUGAAGCUGUUUCAAUUCAAAUGCUGUUGGGUUCCCACUUCACUCCCCAUCCCCCGCCCCCAGCAAUAAUUCUGGUUUCCCUGUACUAAAUUCCAACAGCAUAAGUUGGGAAAAGUGUGAGUUUGCAUGUCCAGAGCUGGUAAAUAUAAAGAGAUUUUAUGUCAGCCUUUAGAUACAGUGGCAGAACUGUAUAGCUUGUGAAGGGAAAGUAGUAUCUUCAAAAUGACAUAAUUUAUUUUCAUAAGCUUGAUGAUACAAACCUAAAUUCCCAAAGCUAUUGGAAGUCUAAUAUAGCUUCAUUCUCAGAAAUAAGGUAGAGGUUAUGUUUAAUUCAUAUAUUAUGCCACCAAUUAAUGUUGAUGAAAUUGAGCACAACCAGAGUUAAAGCACUUAAAAAACCCCAUUGCUAUAUAAAAAGGAAUGUGAUAGUCAAACUACAGUAGUUUACUACACAGAUGUUCUGCUAUUUAGAUUGGUAAGAUUUUAAAUGGAUAUUAUGCUAGCUAGGGUGUAGAAUUGGAGGUUUUCUCUCUUUGCAUGAAGUCAGAUGAAUCCACCUUCAUAUCUGUACUGUAAUCAGGCAAAUACUGAAUCACAGAGUUGUAGAGUUGAUCCUGUGGAUCAUGCAGUCCAACCCCCUGUAAUGCAGGAAUCUUAACUGAAGCAUCCAUGACAGAUGGCCAUCUGCUUAAAAACCUUGCAUGAUCAAGAAGCGGGAGUCUCUUAAGAAAGGAGUCAGAAAGUUCUUCCAGAUGUUUAGUUGGAAUCUCCUUUCUUGUAACUUGAAGCCAUUGGUUCAGGUUCUGGCCUCCAGAGCGGGAGAAAACAAGUUUUCUCUAUCUUCCAUGUGAUGACCCUUGAAGAUAUUUGAAGAUGUAUUCUCUUCUGCUGACCUGCUUUCUUUAAAAUGGUAGAUUAAAAGGUGACCAAAAAAGGAACUGUGUACCUCUGCUUGAUUCUCUGUUUGUUGAUCAUAGUUUUGAGGAUGAAAAUAUGCAAAGAUCUACUCCCUUUAGCUUGUCCUUGCUACAGCUUUUGAGGCAUUUCCUAUUUUUGGAAGACAUCAAAGGACAGACUCAGUAGGUUCCCAUUGAGAGGCAGAUCUCCAGCUACACAAGUCUGGAUUCUGUGUAAUUAGGAAAGGAGGAAGGAAAAUUUAAAAAUCUGAUUCCUGUUGUGCUUCUCUCAACCUGUGUUUAGGUCUGUACACAAAAACAUGCAAGAGAUCCAACACUGGCAUUAUUUCAUCUGUGUUGUAUUUCUUUCAGUGUUAGAAACUGGCAUAGGAAUGGUAGGACCCAUGCUGCUCCUGGGACCUAGGUUAUGGGUGGCAAAACAAAAUGUCUAGGCACAUUUUUUUCCUGCCCUUCCACCAGACCAGGCAGCCUCACAGCAAAAAUAAAAAAGCCUCCUGGUGAAUCAGGUGGUCUGUAGAGUAGUGGUAGGAAACAGAGGCUUUUGCAACUGCACAAAAGACAUGUCUUUUGCUGCUGCAGUGAUGGGGAAAUCAGGUGUUUGGUGGGGGUAGCGCAGCAGCAAAAGAGGCAUGUUAUUUGCUUCCGUUGUGGCUGGCAGACCAGCUGACUGCAGCUAGGCAGGUGGAGAUGCUAGGCACCAAUAGUGUCGCCUGGGCAUUUCCAUCCAGUCACAAAUGGCCGGUUGCAAAAUGCGACUGGCGCCUGGCUAAUUUCGAACGCUGGUUCUUACCCUGGAACAAAGCUCAAGAGUGAUGUCCUAGAUCAGAGGUCAUCAAACUAAGGCCCGCAGGCCUGAUAUGGCCCACCGGGCUUGUUAAUCUGGCCCGCAAACCUUACAGACCCUGCCACCCGCUCGGUCAGUCCCCGCUCUGAACAGGCGUGGCACAGAGGCCUCGCCAUGCGGAGGCUGACUUCUGCGGCACGGCUUGGCUUCUGAUUGGCUGCAGAAAGCUCCAGCAGCCAAUUAAAAGCCGCGGAUGCCUCUGGACGGGCAGUGACAUUGGCAUGGCUUUUGAUUGGCUUCCUUCUUGCUGAGGCGGCCGAGCGGGAGGAAGCGGCCGAGCAGGAAGGAAGCAGCAGUGGCGUGGAGGCCAGCAGCAUGGGCCCUGUGCCCCGCUGAGACAGAGAACGCCGACACUCCCAAAGACGAGGCAGCGUCAGCAGCUGCGGCAUGAGUGGCAUAGGCAGGGAGGUGCUUUCAGGAGGCGGUGGGUCCGGCCCCCCACAAGGUCUGAAGAACAGUGGACCAGCGCCCUCCUGAAAAAGUUUGCUGACCCCUGUCCUAGAUCUCCCUAAUGUGCUUUUAGGCAUCAUAAAUAUGUGCUGUUCAGCAACAUACUAGGUUUCUAGAUUGUAAGGCAUAGGCAUGGGCUUGCCAUAGUAGUGUGUGUGUGUGUGUGUGUGUGUGUGUGUGUACAUUAUUAAUAAUUUUCGAGUUACCAAUUUGGUGAUUUGGCAUUUUUUAAUUUAUCAUUUCAUGGUAAAGUAGAACUUGGCCAUAGUUGACCAUCACCCAAAUUGAUAAUAAAUCUAAGGCCCUUGGACUAUACCAUAGUGGACUUUCCUGCCAUGUGCCUCUCCUAAAAUAAACAGAACAGAACUAGCCUUUCUACAGCUUCAUUGAAGAUGGUUAUCUCUUAUGCCACCUAGGAGCAAAGGAAGGUGUUGGCGUGAUAGCAAGAAAAGAAAUGGGCAUGUGCACUCCAGGAUUCUUGCAGAAGGAAAUAACACAUGAAAGGGGGGAGGAGUCCUUUCUUUGAAAGAAAGAUAUAGCAUUUUCCCAUUGGCCUGUGCAGUCAGUCAGCUCAAAAUGUAUGUGCAGUGCUCACAGAUGCUCGCUUGCCAUUGCCUUGAGAUAGUGUUGUUGGGGAAUCUUCUCCUUGCUCAUUUGAUUACAUCAGUAAGAAGUAGCUAGAACAGGGGGCAGCUAACUUUUUCAGCAGGGGGCCAGUCCACUGUCCCUCAGACAUUGGGGGUGGACGGACUAUAUUUUGUGGGGGGAAAUGAAUGAAUUCCUAUACCCCACAAAUAACCCAGAGAUGCAUUUUAAAUAAAAGCACACAUUCUACUCAUGCAAAAACAUGCUGCUUUUCUCAUCCCUCCAUGGUCACAAAAGCCUCCUUCCUGGUGUGGACAGGAAGAAAACUAUAGUGUGAGCUGAAAAUGUGGUGCUUUUGUUGGACUGUAUCAGUCCUUGUGUGCAUCUGACUCUAACACCUAUGAUCUGAAUAUGCAUCAGAUUCUAAUGAAGAUAUGGGAACAUUAGACUUAAAAGUCACCAGCAUUAUGUAAUGAUGGGUAGGAGGAGGAAAGGGCCGUGGGCUGGGCCUGGUCAAGUAUACUGUUGUAAUUGUGGGAAGAGCAAGGAGAAAGGUUGCUUCUUGCAGUGCCUUUCCUUGCCACCUACAACUUUGCCAUCCGCAGGCAGGUGAGGUGAGGCUUCUCUCCCACAUCCCAGGCAGCAUCAGUAAACUCAGAUCAGUGUUCACAGAGGUAAAGUGUGUAAUGGGUGAUUCCACAUGCAGCUUGCAGGUGCAGUUGUUCCUUACAUGGUAUGCAGUCUCAAGCAAUGGCUCACAUUUGUAAAUGAGCUGUUACAGGUUAAACACCGGCAAUCAAGCUUUCAUAUUGCCUGAUGUCACCUAACUUUACAACAGAGUCUGUUCUAAAGUUCAGUUGUGAGUCAAAUAAUAUGUCCCAGCCCCUUGGUUUCUCUUAGAUCCAGGAAGACACAGGUUACCUUCAAUGCCAAACCAUUGCAUUUAGGUGUGUGACUGUUUGAACUGCUAUAUAAGUGAAUGAUAACAAUUUGCUAGGUAAGGACAACAUACAGUUGAAAAAGCAUGGAGCUAAACUACAUGGCUUGUAUGUGAUUAGCAAAAAAAUCUGAAAUUCAUUACAUAUGUAGCCUUUCUAUAUUGUAAAUAUAUUCCUUUCAGAGAAAGUCAUAGCUCAUUCCACUUCUGUAAUGUACCACUAGGGAUAUGUUGCUAAUUCUAAAAAUAUGUCAGUUCCUCACUUUCCCACCAUCUGCUGCAAACUUUGCUCCACCCUGUUUUUUGGCUGUUGUGUACAUGCAGGUUUUCCUCUGCAGAAUGAGAAAAAACAAAUGUAGUUAGUAGUUAGAGUUUCCGUGGUUACUUGUUUGAUUCCAGGAAAUAAAAGGAAAUGGCUUAAAGCUUGUCUAGUAAACUUGGGGAACAAGCAUAAAAUUAGGCAUCUUAUGUGUGCUGUUGACUUUUAUUUAUUUUAGUUUUCGUGCAGUCUAAACCUUUGCAUUUUAUUUUCCUAUUCUGUUAAAGUGAAAACAGCAUUUGUCCAUAGUUUUGUGACUUCUUCAUAGACAGAUCCCCUUGAAUCUGUAUAGGGAGAAAUAAAUGCAUUCUUUUGCUAGCGUAUCAGAUUGCCUAACCAAAGGCAAACUGCACUGUACCUGUAUAUCAGAAAUUAAGAUUGUAGCUACUUUAUAGGGUGGCAGCAUGGUUUGGUCAUGUGCAUUACAAUGUUCACAAGGUGCUGUGUAUAAAGAAAUGUAGAUCACGAGAAGCAUGUAAAUAAUAAUUCAUUCAAUUAUGAGUCAGUUUGAUGAGUUGUACUUAUUAAAUCAUUUAAAAUAUUUUGGCUCUUGCGGUGUUUCAGCUCACUGAUCUCUGUAGCACAGUUCAUGUGGCAGCUGCCUGAGUAAGCCAGCUGAAUGGCAUUGUAUAUUGUUUCUAUGAGGCAACUUACAUGAUGGGGUUUAGCAGCUUUUCAUAACCUGUGCUACUAUUUAAAAUGGCAGAUAUUGGUCCUCUGCCAAGCCAUGUGCAGCAUUUAGUCGUGCUUUGCCAGUUAACUCUAAUAUUUCCUUCAGAGAUCACCUUGAUGGGUAUUUUAAAAGGGCGGUUGGGGAAUGGGGGCUUCAAGUGGAAAUGAUUAGCAAGUUCUGCUUUUGUUCUUCAAAGCCAUAGCUGCUAUAUUCCUGGCUCUUGGCAGACUCUGCCUGCAAGUACUUCGUGUUCUGCAGGACUUGUGCCUGAUUUAGAGUAUUGCAUGUACUGAAAGCUCCCAAACCAGAUUUUGUUCAGUUUUGUACUUAACAUCAUGAUGCAAUUAUUCCCCAGGCGGUUUAAAAAGCUGAGACAAUUAAUUCUGUGAAACUUUUGGCUAGCCUAUAGUUUUAUUUAUUUCAGGUAGCCAGUAAGGCUACGUUUCCAUGUAAUGCUAAACUUAGGUUUACUAAGCUCUGUGGUGCACACAGCUCAAGCCCUUCUGCUCUGCUCCUGCCUUCACACAAGUGAGUAAACUGGGAAGGGAAUAACUUAAUAUGUCUAGGGCUGUGUUAUAAAUCGAUAUACUGUAUCGUCUGAUAGCAAAUUUUAAAUCAAAUCAUAACUUUUUUAAAAAAAUGACCCUGCAAUAUAUUGCAAAUUGUGUGUGAGGUAUUCAAAAAGCACAAUAUUGGACUAACUGGGAAGCCAAUGCUUCUUCCUGUGUGUUGAGCCCUUGCUAACUCCGCCUCAGUCAGCUCUUCCCUGCCAUCGCUACACAAAGAACUGCAGCCUCUUUCAGUUAACACAACCUCUUUUGCCUUUGAGAACUAGUUAAAAGCUGAGCAAAAACCAUCCCUUCUGUGGGAUUGUGCUGCUGCGCGCGCUCUCUCUCUCUCUCUCUCUCUCUGUGUGUGUGUGUGUGUGUGUUAAGUGUUUCCCUUCUGAACUUCCAAGGAACUUCUGUGAGAUGCUGCUGCGCUCUUGCUCUCUUGCCAAGUAGGAGGGAACUCCCCCCCCCAUGCUUGACUUGCAAGUUGCUUCAGAAUAAAAGAGGGGGACCCCCUGUGUGUGUUGUGUGCGCCUUUCUUGGGGGGCAAAAGCAGCCCAUAGGUUUCUUAAUUAACCUAGCAUAUGAAGCUCCUGAAUCCAAGCAGGAGGUAAAUACUCUUGAGAUGCUUGUUGGCUUGCAAGUUGCAUCAGAGUAAAAGAAGAAAAGCACCCUGCUCUGUUGUUUGAACCUCUUCUACCCCCCCAUCGGCAUCUGUGUCUCUCCCCAUUUUCUCCUCCAGUCCCACUCCCUACCCUAGAACUCUUCUCAGUUCUCCUCUUGCCCCUUGGAUAUCUCAUAUUUGUAGCCUCUGUGUGACCCAGCGUUCUGAACGCCUGCAUUUCUUGGAGGCUCCUGAGGCUGUCGGACAGGAUGCCAUAAAGAUGAUGACGGGCUGCAUGGAAGUCUGUGUGCUGCUUCUGCAGAGCCAAAUACUCACCAUGCUCCACCACAAAAAAAGGGGAGGACCUGGCACUGGCAGAUGAUGGAUUAAAAGCAGGAAAAAAGCUAAAAGAUAUGUCUAUUUGCCAACAGUGAACACUGAAGAAUGCCCUUUGACAUGGUGGAAGAGACAUGAGGCAUCCUUCCCAAUGUUGAAGGUGCUUGCAACUAGGUUUUGGGCUAUCUGAGGAACAUGUGUGCCAUCUGAAAGUGUGUUCAGAAUGGCUGGCAAUGUUCUUCAAAGACAAAUGGCGUCUGUAUUGCCAGAGAACGCUGAAAGGCAAAUUUUCCUUGCAAAACAUAUACCGGUAAAUUUCAUUUAAUUUUUUUUGUUCUGUAAAAUUUUACCCAUUCCUUCUGGUUUGGCCUGGAUUAUAAAAGAAAUGAAAUUUUUUUCUGGCAAUAUGAAUAUAUUGUUUAACAAUCUUUUGUUCUGUUCAAAUUUAUCCAUUCCAUUCUUACUAUUUUGGUCUGGUUCAGAAAAGAAAAUAACUGAGGUUGUAGGAUGUAUAAGACUCAGUAGUGAAUUACAUUUGAAUAUCUAAAAUUGUGACACUGAAUUGACUUUUCUUAUUUAGUAAUGUAAUUAAAUUUUUAGGGAACAUUCUCUCACCUUACUUUUGAUAUCUAUUCUACUGAUUACAUCUACUUCUAUUAUCAGUAUGGUAGUACAUAGCAGUUGUAACAAUAUGUUAAAGUAAAAAUUUAUCCAUUUUAUAAUAAGACCCAUAAGCAGUAGCUCUCCAGAGCAUUACCACUUUCAUUUCUGCAUAGAUCCAGCACUCUACUCCUAUUGUUAAACUCCUUAACAUAUUGUCUCUCCUUAACAUAUACUUUGAGGCUUCAAAGCACACACACUUCAGUAAUCCUUGUGAUCGCCCUGUAAGGCAGACCAGUAUCACAGUGAUUGUUAAUACCGAUGUUAUUGUUUUUGUAUUGUGUUUUCCUGCUGUGUAAUUAACCAUGAACAAGCUAUGCCUCAAAAGGUGACCUAUGCAAAUUUUUCUUGAUAACUGUAUUCCCAAGGCCAUAUUUAUAUUUCUAUGGCAUAGUGAUCCAUGCUAUUUGCCAAGAAAAACUGAAUUUGAAAUUGCUUUGGUAGUCACAGGCAGGAGCAAGGAGUUACAGACAAUAUAACCCUGGCUCACUACAAUUCCUACUAAGCGCCCUCCCACUUUCUUAGGGGUUUCACAGUCCAUUACCAAUAUAUAUUCACAAUCCAUUUUUUAAACACAAACACAUAAAAGAAGAUGAGAAACUAGAUUAGAAGCUUGAUUUUAAAAGCUACGUACAUUAUUUGCUAUGCACUGAAAUAUAUAUGUAUAUAUAUAUUUCUAUACUUGUGCACAGUGCUGGCAAAAAAUAGCAUAUAGAUAACUAAUUACAUGUUUUAACUGUGAAAUUAACAGUAGCUGCAUUAUUUCUAAUUAUGGUUAUUCAACAUUCUCCAUUCAGUUCUGCAAAAUGAAAUAAUUUCUUUGUUGGAUGGCAUUGAGAAUGGACCAAUAUGACCAAAUCAAAUUUUCUCCAACAGUCAUCAGAAAUAAAACUUGCCAAGAGGUGCCAAGACUUAGACCAGGCGUGCAGGGUUAACGUGGUGCAGGCUUAACUAGCUGGUGGGCCCUGUCACUUCCCCUUCUGCCUGUUUGAGAGGAUGCGUCAACAGCAGCAGCAGCAGCAAUGGCUUAACCUCUCCUCCCGUGCAGAUAAUCGGGGAACCAGAAACGCCCCGGGCUUUGCAGCAGUAGCAGCACUUCCUGCAGGAUCCGUUAGCUGUCCCACCAGUGUGUCAGACUGGCAUGGUGCCCGCUUCUUGGUUCCCGGGCUGGGCUGCAGCUGGCUGCUUCCUCGAAGGUGGUGCUCGUGCUUCCACCGGGACAGAGCACGUGCAAAGUGCGCAGCUGGCCUGGCCAAGGCAUGGGAGCAGAGGGGUUGUGCUUGCUUUCCAUGCAAGGCUUUCUCUGACUCGUGUCGCAGCUGGAGAAACAGCACUUCAUGGGGCCAGCAGCUGCUUACUCAGGGUUCGGGCGGGAACGCAGAGGCGGCAGAUUUAUUCAGUUGCCACACAGUGGCACCAAGACUUUUUGAAGUGCUCGCAAUACACUUAUUAAAUGCAUCUGAAGCAGGAACAUAGCCAUAUUACUAGAUUGUAAAGAGGUGGGGGAGAUAAGUGACUGGAAAAUAUGUAUUUUUAAACUUGGAUGUGGGUGGCUUCCGUGAUCUCUCAUGCUCCAUAAUCUAGCUGUCCAAGCUGGUCACCAACUGACAUCCUCAAGUGGUGAUGGCAGGGCCAGCCUGUACCCUAUAAGCCACUGGGAUGACCUAGUUAUAAAGAACAAAUCCUCAUCUGAAUACCUGCAAGUUAGGGAUUCUGAUUUCAAACCCUAAACUUGCAUCUGGGAGCUGGGCAAAGACCUUGUCACAGAGAAUAGUACCAUUUUGUAGAUGAACUCUGAAGCGGAAAGAGGAGAAGUUAGCCAUUAAAUCUGUGGUACGCCCCUACCCACCACAUUUUAUGGCUGGGAAACAUUGAGGCACAAUCUUUGUUUUGGAGGUCUAUAAGGUAGUUACUAAAAAUUGCCUCAUGUCACAUUUUAUUCCUCAGAAUAAUUGCAGGUGGUCUGAAAUACCAGGGGUGGCAUUUUGAGAUGGAGAGCUUGGAGGCAAGUUUCACAGCAAGGCUCAAAGGCAGUGUUUGAAAGUAGCCAGGCGCAUGUUGCACCAGGAUGGCACCUGAGCAGGAGCAGUGAACAAUGUUAUAGUUAAUUAUUGUAGCUCAUCUUCACUUACCCAGCCCCAGUGCCCUGCUCACAGUUGUGAAGAGCAUUGUAUGAAUGAUCCAUGUCACCAUUAAGAAAAAGAGGUAGGAAUAGGCCAAUAUAUAUAUAUAUAUGGACUGUCGCUGGAUCAAGUGACUUUUUUCUUUCAGUUCUCAGAUUCUUAAUGUAGCUCAAGGUUGUCAAAUGAUUAACUGAUAAUCAAUUACAGUCAGGCCAUCAUUUGAAAAAUAAGCCUUUAGAGCCGUCUAUCCCAAAUAUGGCAACUAGACAUUCUGUUUUAGCGACUGUAACAUUGGCUUAAGGAACCAUUUGACGCCUAGCUUAUAUAUCUGAGUUUCUAACACUGCUCAAAAGUCUGCUAUUGAAUAUAUUUAGUAGUAACGUGCAAAAAAAGCUGAUUUAGUUUUCAUAGGGUGGAAUUGAACAUUGUGCUAUGAUGAAUGUUCCAUCUGUGCAAGCACCUAACUUUGCCAGAUGGAAUUUCCCCCCUUCUCUUCCCCGUCCCACUGUUCUGGGCAAUGUUCUGACCAUCAACAAAGAUCCCAAGCACUUUGGCCCCUGGACAGAUAUCAUCUUGCUUGUUGAUGCAUCUGCCAUACCUGCAGGCACGUAUUCAUUUACCUUGGCUGCUCAGAGGCCCACAUUCAGCAGCAGUUCCACCUGGCCAUUAUGGAGAGUUCCUUUAGCUUGGCGUCACCUCCGCUGGCUGAAAGCAACGUUGGCCACUGGAGUGACUGGUUAAAGGGUUUGUCCACACUUCUGUGUGCCCCAUGCCUAGAAAGCAGAGGUCUGCGUGGUUUUCUACUUGCCCUGUGCUUUCUAGGCAUUGGGUCUGAGUGGUCUUGCCUUUUCCCUGUUGCUUUUCCCCAGGAAACCCGUUCUUUAGUGCCAAAUCAGAACAAAUGGCAAUUUGCAGAAAACUUGAUUGCAGUUUGUUCCGAUUCACUGUUAAACUGUGGGUUUUCCUGGGGGAAAGUGGAAGGGCAAACAGUUGAUAAUAAGAUAAUAAUGAUUUUAUUAUUUAUACCCUGCCCAUCUGGCUGGGUUUCCCCAGCCACUCUGUGUGACAUGAACAUAGUAAAAUGUCAAACAUUAAAAACCUGCUGAUACAGGGCUGCCUUCAGAUGCCUUCUAAAAGUUGUGUAGUUCUUUAUCUCCUUGAAAUUGGAUGGGAGGGCGUUCCACAGGGAGGGUGUCACUACAUAGAAGGUCCUCCAUCUGGUUCCCUGUAAUUUCACUUCCUGCAGUGAGGGAACUGCCAGAAGACCCUUGGCAGAAGGACCUUAGUGUCUGGGCUGAGCGAUGGGUGUGGAGACACUCCUUCAGGUUACUGGGCCAAGGCCAUUUAGGGCUUUAAAGGUCAGUACCAACAAUUUGAAUUGUGCUCAGAAACGUACUGGGAGCCAGUGAAGAUCUUUUAGGACCAGUGUUAUAUGGUCCCGGCGGCUGCUCCCAGUCACCAGCUGCUUUCUGGAUUAGUUGUAGCCCCAUGUAGAGUGCAUUGCAGUAGUCCAAGCAGGAGACAACUAGAGCAUGCACCACUCUGGCAAGACAGUCCACAGGCAGGUAGGGUCUCAGCCAGCAUACCAGGUACAGCUGGUAGACAGCUGCCCUGGACACAGAAUUGACCUGCACCUCCAUGGACAGCUGUGAGUCCAAAAUGAUUCCUAGGCUGCACACCUGGUCCUUCAGAGGCACAGUUAGCCUGUUCAGGACCAGGGAGUACCCCACACCCACCCGCCCCCAUCCCCCCAAAACAAUACUUCUUGUCAGGAUUCAACCUCAAUCCGUUAGCUGCCAUCCAUCCUCCAACCACCUCCAGAUUCUCACACAGGACAUUCACUGCCUUCACUAGUUCUGAUUUAACAGAGAGGUAGAGCUGCAUAUUGAUGAACACCCAACCCAACCUCUCCCAGCGGGUUCAUAAAGAUGUUGAAAAGCAUGGGGGAGAGGACAGCUCUGAGGCACCCCACAAGUGAGCGCCCAGGGGUCUGAACACUCACCUCCCAACACCAUUUUCUGGACACGGCUCAGGAAGGAGCAGAAUCAGACAGUCCAGAAGGAUACCGUGGUCAAUGGUAUCAAAAGCCACUGAGGGAUCCAGCAGAACUAGGAAACAGCUUUGUUGUGGAUAGCAGCAACCAGGGUCUGCAUCAGGUGAGGGGAGUGUUGGGAUGGUAGUAAAAUGGCUAUUGUAAUGGCUGUGGUAGUUGUAAAAUGGAGUGGGGAACUUCAGGCUCUGGGUGCAGCCACUGGAAACCUACCAGCAGUUGAACUGUGGACUGCAUUCAAGAUUGUACCUGCCUCUUGUUUUAAGAUGUGGUGUUUUAACUGCUUCUUUAUUCAAGUGAUCUUGUGAUGAGAUAACCAAGUUUGCAGAGAGUUAUUUAUUUGUAAGGUUUCAAACCAAGGAAGCUCUCCAAACUAGGAAAGAGAAUGGCAGGUCAAAUGUAAUGUAAGUGAAGGCCCAGUUCUAACUUCAGGUAUGUAUUAAUGACAAGUUGGUAGUGGAGAAAAGCAACUUGAGUGUAAACUUAACUCUGCCACCCCAAAGGUUGUUCUAAAGAGAAAGGUCUUAAUGUUUUGAAAAGAUGUUCAAAGCUCUACGUUUGGAGCCAAGGCAGCUGCUGAUCAUUAUUCUGUCAAAAUGCACUUAUUAUGAGGAAAGGUUGCAUUUCCAAAAUUUAUUCAUAAUCAUGGUUUUAGAAGAUUUUUGUGGAGAGGGUUCUUUUUUUAAAAAAAGUAUCCUUCCACUAGCACAAGCUUCCAGCAUGAUCCAAUAAAAUAGUCUUUGAACCUCGCCACACACAUUAUCUUUUAAUUCAUCAAAAGUGUGAGAUAAAUAUUAGCCUCCUAUAAUCAGCAUGCUUAGCUCUAGUAAAUGCAUGAACGGGUUAAGACUAUAGAGUAAACGGUCCUGCCAGACUCAACUAAGUCACACACCCUCACCUAGAGAGGGUUACCAAAAGCCAUUACUCUUUCACCAUGUGAAUCAUACCAGAAAGGACAUCUGGGCUAAUUGCUCCAAGUAACCCAAGGUGUUUGUAACCUGAGGUACCACUGUAUUAACUCUAAAAUUUAUGGAGAGUAGAAAAGGGAUUGGACAUGGGUUUUUUGUUCUGCUAAUAGACACUACAGUGGUACCUCGGGUUACAUCCGCUUCAGGUUACAGACUCCUCUAACCCAGAAAUAGUACCUGAGUUAAGAACUUUGCUUCAGGAUGAGAACAGAAAUCACGAGGCAGCAGCAGGAGGCCCCAUUAGCUAAAAUGGUACCUCGGGUUAAGAACAGUUUCAGGUUAAGAACGGACCUCCAGAACGAAUUAAGUUCUUAAGCUGAGGUACCACUGUAUUGCAUUAAGUUACCAGUUAACUUGUCUUUUUUUAUUUGCUUAAAAGCUUUAGGACAGCUUUCCCCAUCCUGGUGCAUUCAAGAUGUUUUGGACUUUAACUCCCCUCAGCGCUGACCAUUGGCUAUGCUGGCUGGGAAUAAUGUGGAUUGCAGUCCAAAAUUCCUGAAGAGCACCAGGCUGUUUUUUUUCAUUACAGACUAAUUGGUAGUAUAACAUUGCUGCUAAAAGCUUUCGGGACUACGGUAAGUAGGCUGAAAAUGAGUAAGGCCGCACCUGCCUUGCCUUGCCUUCUCUGUGGUGAAACAUCAUUCAGAGUAUCUAGUUGUCCUGAGUCAUAGCAACAUGACAAAAUUAAACAGGUAGUUUUGCUUAUUGCAUUGUUUUAUUGGAGACUAUUGAAACCUUCAAAAGUCUGGAGAUCAAUGACUAUCCCUGCCACAACUUUGGAGGACAGUUUUUGUUUCAAGCCUGAGUAUAUUUUGUGUGUGUUUCUUUCAGGUAUGAUGAUUUAUGCCCUGGGUUUCUUUGCCCAUUAAACAUCUGGGGCUUUUUUCAGAUCCUGGAGGGAUACAUCUGUAAAUAUAGAAAAAAAUAUAAUGUUGGUUACAACUGUAACCUGCUUAUUAUUUGGUUAUUUGCCUCCUGGAAGCACAAGGAGUCAGUUCAGAUGUAAACAUGCAACAUGCUUACUCUCCUGAUCCAUGGUUUGGAGAAUCAGGAACAUGCUACUUCGGUUUGUUUGCUUUUUAUUACCUUUUAGGACAAAAUUUCCCCUUCAAGGUGGUGGUUAAGAUGUCCAAAAAAUACAACUAAACCAUGGUCUGGAAGAUCUGAAAUGAGUUGUACUUGUGCAGCCACCUCCCACCCCGUUCUCCUUGUGCCCUUGGCUUAAUAGAACACUUCCUGGUUUGUCCAGCCACAGUUCACAGUGACUUCCAACCUGGCUUGCGUGCUCUCCCUCAACUGCGACUGCGUGCCAAUUAUUUUUCUUUAGGUUUUUGUUUUAUCUGCGUAAGUCAUUGGGAGACAUUGGCUGUGCUCCUGCCUCUUCCAACAAUCAGCAAAGAAAUCACUUGAAACAUGUUGACUGAUGGAUGUAGUAGGACUAAGCUUGUUGCAGGCUGAGGUGGUAAAAUGGGUUUGUGUCGCUUCAGAAUGCAGAUGGAAGAUUAGUCUUUUAAUGCUACCAUGCAUUCAAAUGGAAAGUGAACAAAACUGGGAACCAUAGAAGAUGACUCAUUCUCCCAGCUGAGGGGAGUGGGGUGACUAAGUUGGGUGUGCAUGUCAAGGAACCACCCUGAGAUCUUUUGGUGAAGGGUGGUAUAGAAAUUUAAUAAAUAAAAUAAAAUUUCCUUGCACAUAAGAAAUAGCAGGGCAGGGGAAGAGCAGACUUACCUCUUGAUAUGCCAGUUUUCUGCCUGCAUGCUUUUUUGUGGUAUUCAAAAUUGGGAGGUACGGUCUAUUUUGCCACAUCAUUCCCAUCUCAUUCUGUGUGAAUAAAGUCAGUCUUAUGCCACUGUGUUAAUUACAUAUGUCAUCUCAGGACUGCCUUGUAAUAUUCUAAUUAAUCUACUUCCAGAAUCCAAAACUUUCAGGAUUUUCAUGGCUUUCAUGGAAGUGUGAGCUCUGACUGACAGAACGCUGGAUGUGGUUUUAGAGAAUAAACUGUUUUGGAAGUAUUUUGUCUCUUGUUUGUUUUAAGCAAGAUUUCCAAUAAAUGGUUCUCAGUAUUUCAGCCCUUGGUAGCUAAAAUGUAUGGCAUUCUGUGACGACUUUCCCCCCUGAAAUGUGUGUUUAACAAAUCUUGGCAUAGACAGUAGUGCUAACAUGGAACACACAUUGGAAUAAGUUUCUGUGCCCAUUUCAGAACACUGUGUGUACUGUACUUUGUUCAUCUUUCAGUAUAAUUUCAAUAAAAGCUAGAAAAGGGGUUUGUAUUAAUAAAAGCGAAUAUUUUUAUUUUUCAAAAUCUGGGCUUGAGAUGUAGAAAGCAUUUGGGGAAACAUGCUGCACAUCCCAGCCUAAUUAAAUGAAAUCUGCUGUGUGCUGGUCAUUGGCUGCUGGUUCUUUGGCUACUAGAAGAUGGAAAUCCUUAAUUGCACAAUAUGGUUUGCAAUUAGGUGUAUUGGACCUAUGCUUUUAUUUUCAUUUUAUGGUGGAGUUUAUGUUGUUGGUUCCCCCUAAAUAGUUUUCCUCCUUAUCAAAAAGGAAGGUUUUUUAAAACAUUUAAAGGAGACUAUCUUCUUGCUUGCCCUCCCUUUGAUAAAAACGGAGAGAUUGGUGGCAUGGGGGCUUUGGGGGGGCCCUUCGGGGGGUGAAGGGGAGAAGAUUUAGCUGGCUGCCUUAUGCUGAAAUGGGAGGUUGAGUACCAUGUGAGAAUGAUGGGAAAUGUGUGUUUUUUUGUAAGCAGCUCAAACAAAUGCAUGCCUACAGUGGUACUUCGGGUUACAUACGCUUCAGGUUUAUUUAAUAUAUUUUUUAAAUCUACUACUCCUUAAGGCCCUCCACCGCUACAGGGAGCCUCAAGGCCCUUGGCUGCUGUGGGGAAGCUUGGCGCACCCUCGCCUGCCAUGGGGCGGUACAGAGGGACCUCUGCUGCCGCAGGAAGGCCUGGCAAGACUGUCCGCUGUCGUAGAUAUACAUAUUGUGAUAUUUAGCUGGUGAUAUAUCGUGAUGUUUGUGUCACUUCAGAAUGCAGACUAGAAAUCCAUUAUUAUGGCUGUUGUUAGGCUACCAGUACCUGCAUGCAGCAAACUCACUCUAUUUUGUAACUGUAAGGAGGCAUGGAAGUCAUAUCUUGCUCUCAAUUUUGCCUCUCUUCCAGAAAUAGUCUUCAGUUAUACAGAGGUUCAAAUACCUUCACCUUAUGCCUCCAAUAAGAAAUGCAGGCAAAUGUACCUCAAAAAUGUACAGACAUUUUUACCCUGUUCAGACCAUUUUAGUCACAGAUUGUCCUAAAUAGUGUGGAGAACCUCCAUGGAGUAGAGGAGGAUCCCUGUGUCGCUGUUAACUCAUGAAGUACAAGAGAUCUGUGGAAAGUUGAGUGCCCGAGUGGGGAGCCUGGCUAGUACUUGCCUCUGCUCUCCCUCGUAUGUUUGCAUACAUCUGAAUACAUGAACAUCAGAAUAGGGGUAUAGUAUUGUAACAUAUUUAAGAAACCUAGAAAUUUAAUGAUACUGGGUUUGUACCAAGGAGCUCAAUAGAUUGCCUCUGUAGUUCAGUAUCAAGAGAAUCUAAACUACUUCAUUGAAAGUAAAUUUCUAAUGUUCAUGAUUGCCGGGAGAACUCUCAAGAACAUGCUGGUGGACCUUGGAAAUGUUGACAGUGAAUUGGUAUCUAUGACUUCGCUACUCAGCAUGCGUUUCAGCAUGAAUGUCCUCUGCAUAUUCAUAGCCAUUGAUAUAUGCUGGUUGUUACUAUUAUUAUUUCUUGAAUUUAUAUACCGCCCUAUACCUGCAGGUCUCAGGGUGGUUCACAGAAUAACAUCAGAAUAUAAAACCAUAAAAUAGUCAAAAUAAAAACAGCAACCCAAUAACCCCCCAACACAUUUUAAAAGGGCAUAGGAUGUCAAUCAAAUCAACCAAAGGCCUGAUUAAAAAGGAAUGUUUUUGUCUGGCGCCUAAAGGUGAAUUUCCCUGGCAGAGCAUUCCUCAGAUGGGGAGCCACUGCAGAAAAGGCUCGUUCUCAUGUUGCCACACUCUGGACCUCUCGAGGAGGAGGCAUACAAAGAAGGGCCUCUGAAGAUGAUCUCAGGGUCCUGGUAGGUUUAAAUGGAGAGAGGUGGUCCUUGAGGUAUUGCAGUCCUGAACUGUUUAAGGCUAUAUAGGUCAAAACCAACACUUGGAAUGGGGCCUGGAAACUAAUUGGUAGCCAGUGCAGUCAGACCAGGAUUGGUGUAAUAUACUCAAACCGUCUGGCUCCGGUGAGCAACUUGGCCGCUGAAUUCUGCACUAGCUGAAGUUUCUGAACCAUCUUCAGAGGCAGUAAUCUAACCCUCUCUUACCACUCUGUUCCAAAGAUUCUAAAUUUGCAAAAGAGGAGAAAAUCACAAGUACAAUUAAAAUUGAGAAGCACUUAGUAAAGCUUCUGUCAGACUGAAUUACUAUUGUAGAAAAUGAGACAAUAUCAACUCACUUGUAACAGUUCUACUUAAAUAUUUAAGACUCCUUCUUGUGCCUUGGUAUAAUCUUGCCCAAUGGCUGUGUUUGGAUGUAACACUAAACCAUAGUUUAGCGGUGUGUGAACAAGCCUCUGGCUCCUGUAUUCCCUUCCCUUUUUUCCAGUGAUGUGGUCAGGUAGGAGGAGAUUGGAAGAGUCUCCAUUUUCAGCUAACCAGAGUUUGUCAUUUCUAUGGCCAGUCCCUAGAUGACGUGUUGGCAUAAGAGUUCUAGAGAGUACGUUUAGUUUUUUUUAUAUGUUGUGCAAGUAGCAGAGAUGGGAAGCCGAGGCCCAGACCUUUCACCAGGAAUGAGUGAGAGUUGGGUUCUUUUGCACAGUCUUGAAGCAGGUGGUGUGUAGGCCUUGCCUCCUGGGCAGCUGCUGAAGAAGGAGUAGGUGGUGGAAGGCUGGUGGAGUAAGAAUGGUGGGGGCUGAUGGUCCACACACUGCAUUGGAUCGUUUGCACUGCAAGUGAUUGCAGGUUGUUAGAAUCUCUCAUAAGGUGAAAUGUGAAAAUAGUCUAGUGCUGGCCAUUGUAGGAAGCUUAGACAGAACUAGGCAUACUUAUGAUUAUGAUUAUUUGAUUGAUUUUAUAUACCACCCUAUACCCGGAGGUCUCAGGACACUCUUUAGCAUCCUUAUUCUCUUUGCUUUUAGUCCCAACUCAAGUGCUUUUAAAAAUAUGAACUUGUGGUUUGGUCACUUGGAGGUGCAAAAUUUGUGUACUAUCAUUUAAAAAUAAAUUUGCUGCUUUUGUACUGACCCUUUUACAGCCAAAUAGUGUUAACAUCUCAUAUUUGUUUGGUUACAACUAUAAAAGAAACAAGUAGAUUUGCCCUGUCUUUGCAUAUAAACCAUGAGAUCACUAGCUUAGAGUGUUUUUAACCGUUUCUAGAAUACUUUCUAGAAAAUUUUGUAUUAUUGAUACAUUUGUAGCCCUGGAAUCCUUUAGCAGAAAGGGUGGGAUAUACAGUGGUACCUUGGUUUAAGAACAGCUUAAUUUAUGAACAACUUGGGUUAAGAACACUGCAAACCCGGAAGUAGGUGUUUUGGUUUGUGAACUUUGCCUUGGAAUAAGAACAUGUUUCGCUUCUUGUUGAGUGUGUUCCAUUUGCAAAUUGAGCCCCCCGCUGCUAUGGGAAAGCACGCCCUGGUUUAAGAACGCUUUGGUUUAAGAAUGGACUUCCGGAAUGGGUUAAGUUAGUAAACCAAGGUACCACUGUAAACAGAAUUAUUAGUAAUGAAAUGAAAUUGUUAAUUAAUUUACAUUCAUAACCUGGAGUACAUGCUUAGUUCAACCCUGAUGUUUUAAAAUGGUGGUCCUACUGGAUCAAAUUCCCAGCAGGUAAAAUCCUAGGGAGCCAAGCUAGUGCCUUAUCAGGGACUAAUAGGAGCUCAAGAGGCAGAUGCCUAGUUGCCUGUGGCCUCCAUUGGAAUAUAAGAACUGGGAGCAAAGUUGACAUUCCAUAUUAGACGAAUAGCACUACAUUUUAUUGCACAGUGAAGCUUGCUGAACUGGUACCUGACUAUGUAUUGCAAAUCAUAUAAUUUGUUUUCAAGUAAUGCUGGUUAGGCUUGUUGAGCAGUGGGUCAGCAUUGCAGAGGAUAUUAGCAGAGAAGGCAACAUAGCAGCCUGUUUUUGUAGUUAGCUAGGUCAUAGAUGAUAGGUUUAAGGAGGUUUUUAAGCUGCUCUGCUGAGAAGGUGAAUGCUGCUGGACACCGUGUAACAUAACUUCCUAGCAAAUGAAACAGAUUUGCACUGAGGGUUUUAGAAGAGAAUAAGAAAGAGGAUAGCCAGUGCAUGAAAGAUCCUCUUGUCAGAUUCCUGGAUACUUUGGCAUUCUUAAUGGAUAUCUAAAUUUCCACCUCUCGUUACAAAAAAUGCUUGAGGAAUACAGUGGUACCUUGGUUCUCAAACUUAAUCCGUUCCGGAAGUCUGUUUCAAAACCAAAGCGUUCCAAAACCAAGGUGCGCUUUCCCAUAGAAAGUAAUGCAAAAUGGAUUAAUCCAUUCAAUACUUUUAAAAACAACCCCUAAAACAGCAAUUUAACAUGAAUUUUACUAUCUAUCGAGCGCAUUGAUCCAUAAAAUGAAAGCAAUAAACUGCAAUCUACCCAGUAUCACAAACUGGCAGUGAUCUACCCAUUGUCCUUGGAGGGAUGAGGAGUGCAUGCGGGGUGCGUGUGUGGAAGGAGGUGGCUAACUGGACGUGGGAGGGGGAGAGUUUAAAGGGGGGGAGGAAAGGGAAGCAAAAGUUCUCUCCCCCCCUCAAGCCAGCCCUUCUGGAUCCCCACCCCCACCCAGCGCCCUUCUUCACCUUCUUCAGGGCUGGCAUGAGCAGCCCCUGCCACUUGGGCACGUUUUCCGCGGUGAAGAACUCGUACUGCGGCGGCAGCGCCUGCACCCUGCCUGUGCCAUCCCAUGCCCUGUGAGGGGAAGUGGCAGCAGUCACUGCUGAGGCCGAGCCACUUGCCAUUGAUCCGGGACCUGGAGCGGCAGCCGCGGGUGACAUCCGGAACUGGAGGGGGGCAGAGGCAGCAGGAGUUGCCGGAGGUGGUUGCUGCUUCAGUGGCGGUGGUGGAGGGACGCAGCGUUGGGGGGAGACAGCGACAUCCCUUGCCCGCAUGCUUGCUGACCAGCCCGGCCUUCCCUCAGUGCCGGGGCUGGCCUGGGACACGGCACCGCUGGGCAGCCUUUCCCUCAGCAGGGCAGAGGGUGGCAGAAAGGGUGACGAGGGGAAGCUUUGAAUUCUCGGUUGGCGCAAGCGGGGGGGAGGGGCUGUUCUUCCCUUGCCCUGACGUUUACAACUGCUGGCAAGUGGCACUAAAAACAGAAGUGUGGCACUCAAACAGGAGCAUGUUUGGCUUCUGAAAAAAGUUUGCAAACCAGAACACUUCCGGGUUUGUGGUGUUUGGGUUCCAAAGCCGUUCAAGAACCAAGGUACCACUAUAGAAAAGCUUUGGAGGAGAGUUAAAAUAGUAUUGGUUUGUUUUGAAAGAUUUGUAUAUUCAAAUGGAUUUCAUUUUUCUUUUGGAAGGCUGUCUUUCAGUUAACAAUUCCAGGGUAAGGACAUCAUGUAUUAAAGACUGCCUACCUUUCUGCUGUAAGGGACGCAGGUGGCGCUGUGGGUAAAACCUCAGUGCCUAGGACUUGCGGGGUGAGCUCCCAUCUUUCGGUCCCAGCUCCUGCCCACCUAGCAGUUCGAAAGCACCUCUAAGUGCAAGUAGAUAAAUAGGUACCGCUUUAUAGCGGGAAGGUAAAUGGUGUUUCCGUGUGCUGCGCUGGUGCUGGCUCGCCAGAGCAGCUUCAUCAAGCUGGCCACGUGACCUGGAAGUGUCUCCGGACAGCGCUGGCCCCCGGCCUCUUAAGUGAGAUGGGUGCACAACCCUAGAGUCGGACAUGACUGGCCCGUACAGGCAGGGGUACCUUUGCCUUUACCUUUCUGCUGUAGAUGAUGAUGAUGAUUAAUUUUAUUAUUUGUGCAUCAGGAAAAGCUUUCUGACAGUAAGGACAUCCUCAGGAGGUUGUGGACUCUCCUUCCUUCCUUUUAAGAAGAGGUUGGAUAGCUGUCUGUCAUGAAUGCUUUAGCUAAGAUUCCUCCAUUGCAACCCAUCUAACUAGGUUGCUUCAGCCACUCUGGGCUCCUUAGUCUCAAUGUUGCUCUUCUCAGGGCUGGGCGAUAACUGCUUUCCAACAUCGUAAUGUACCACCAACUAAACACCACAAUAUGGUGGUAUAUCACAAUGUUGGAAAGGAGCCCAAGUCAAAGCAGCAGCAGAUGAGGCAGGUAUGCGAACACUCUCUUCAUAAGCUUGCCUCAUCUGCUGCCUUGGCACCGUCGGGGUGGGGGAGCGAGCAGGCUGCCUUUCCCUCCCCGAGAUGGAAGAAGCAGCCCAUUCACACCUCCCCCCACCCGUCCCAAGGCAAGUGGGACUGGUGAGGCUCAGCUGGGGGUAGGAGGGCUUCUUUGAGCCUUCUUGCCCCCUGGCUGAGCGAGCCCCAUGUCCCACUGGUGAGCUGGAGGGACUGGGGGCGGGGAGGUCCUUGUUGAAGCAGAGAGAGGAACAAGCUGUACUGCGCCUUGCCAAUCCAGCUUGUUUCUGCCUCUGCAGCAGUAUGAGGGCAGACUGUUAUGGCAGUUUCACUCAGCAGUAUGUUGCUGGUGAAACUUCCACUGCUUCUGAGUCCCUCUGCCUCCAGGGCUGGCUGCAGCUUGUUUUUCCCUCAGCGCACUGGGCCCUGGGAGCAGAGGGACUCAGGAGGCGGUGGUUUCACCAGCAAUGUACCACUGAUUGAAGCAGCCAUCACAGUCUGCCCCUAAUGCUGGUCCUGGGUGAUAUAUGGAUGUGUUGCCCAGGCCUACUCGCUACUGAGGAGGACCAAACCAGCAGCCACCACACUUCUUAGCAUAUUAGGAUAGUGUUGCAGUACAAAAACAUACCUACCAGAUGUUCUCUUGUGGCUCCUCACUGUUUUACAAGGCAGCCAUUGGUGCUGAUCAAGUUGUUUUGAUUUAUUCCAGCCAUUUUGCAGUUCUAGGACUCCAGGUGAAAUGUUUGGUUCCAAACCUUCCUUUAUUCAUUUAUUUGGCAAGCCUCAGUCACGUGUGGUGGUCUCUGGCAAUUUCUGGUGCCAGGACCAAGAUUGUCCCUUUGAAAAACCUCACUGACUUAGCCUGACAAAGAACUAAAUUGCUUUUGAAUGUAAGUUUCAGAAGACUAUCACAGAAAACACACACAUUGCAUAAUACGCCAUUCGCUGCAUGACAUUAACCUCUGCAGUAGGAUAGUGCCACAUGGAACCUUCCUCUGUGGCUCUCCAGAUGCUGUUGAGCUCCCAGCACCCAUCAGCCCCUGCCAGCAUGGUCAGUCACGUGGGAUGAUGGAAGUUGUAGUCCAGAGGGCUGCAAGCUACACAUCCUGGUUGGAGCAGUGUAUUCAUAAUGCACAAGUAUAUUAAACAUGAAAGUACAAUAUGGAAUAGUGAGUGGCUGCAAAAACGUUUUAUAUACUAGUGAGCCAGAACCCAGAAACUGGAGCCAAAAGCCCAAAUUUUGUCACAUCAAAUUGCUGUUUACAAUAAACUUCAUAAAUCAUGGAAAUUUGUAUUCUAAUCAGACAAAUUUUAUUUAUCAGGCACAGGUGGUAGUCGGCAUCAGCAGAAUCAUAAACUUCAUUUUGGCGGCUGCUUGCUAUCUUACUUGCAAAUGGUGCAAUAUUAGAGCAAAUAGAGGAAUGGGGCUUUAUGGAUUAGCAGCAAGGAUAUAUGAAGACUAGUAAAAUACAUUUUAGGCUUACCUAAAACUUGCUGCCCUCAACUUUUAAGACUUAAUUCUGCAAGCUGCCCCCUCCCCCCAAAAACAAGUCUCAUAUGGAGACAGUCACUCACGGACACGCAAGUCUAGCACUCAGGAUAUAAUAAACGUGGUGCUUGCAAGAGAACUAGAAACUUACUACAGUCAAUGUCCGUUUCGUGUGGGGGUUCUGUUCCUGGCCCUUGCACACAUCAAUGGAGCCCCACCCCAGUUAGGGCUCCCCUUUUAGUGAUGCCCUUUUAGUGAUUCUUUCGGGUGACUUGGGUUCAGCGCUGCAUGCAUGUACAAUCGUACGUCAUUCAGAUGCGCGUUAAUCAGUCAUUGCCUGUAGUCUUUUGGAAUGUAUUUGAUUUGGAAGUUCAAGCAAAAAUAACUGAUGUGAGUGUUAGAGUGAUUUUACUUACAGGAACACCUUUGAAAGUUUACUUUGCUCCAAGCAUGUCUAGUGCAUUGGUGCAAGACCAUUCAAGGUGGUGUCAGAUUUGGCUGCAUUUCUUUGUUCUAUCAAACACAUGAAAAUUAAAUGCUGAUAAGAUGGAACAAGCCAAGAAUGAUGUGGUAAGGUCCUAUGGAGAGUAGGGUUGUAUGCCUAUUUGAAGUUGCAGGUAACUUUCCUUUUGUGAACAUGAGUCAUGGUUGUGAAACUCCUAUUUGUUUUAUAAAUAUAGGGGUUUGUGGUGGUGACGGCAGUUGAGAGCAGAUCUAUGGACGUUUUUAUCAGUUUUUUGUCUUCUUCGUACCUGGUGAUAGCAGAGUUUUCAUCAGAAGUCUCUGAAGUCAUCUAGUUCCUGGUCAGUAUUGGUUUAUCAUAUGUUGAGAUUCCUGCAUUGCAAGGGUUGGACUAGAUGACCCUUGGGAUCCCUUCCAACUCUACAAUUCUGUGAUUCUAGUAGCUUUUUUCCCCACUUUUUGUGGGGGGGGACAGACCUUGACAAAUCAGAUUAUAGCAAGUCCACAUUUUGCUGUUACCUUGGUUACAGUGUGCCUAACUCACCAGUGCUUUUUCUCUAGUGUCUUGUGAAUCUUGUGUGAAACAGAAGCUGCUUAGGUCAAAAUAGAGCACUUGCUUCAAGGUCAGCACUGAUUCCUAACUUGGUUCCAAGUGAUGAUUUUGUCUUAAAUUCUUAAGACUUAAAAUGUAGGCCUUGCAUAUUUUUGAGAACUGGACAUCUGGAUAUAGGGCAAGAUGUAGCCCAAAUGUCCUGCUACCAAUCUCUGAAAGCAGUUUCAACUUCAAGUAUCCUUGGAGACGGCUUCUGAAAGUGAUUGGCUCAAUGUGUUCCUGGUUUGAUACCAUGGGGCACAACCGAGAAACACAGAAGGGCCCUGGAAAAAGGCACACUCCCCCCCCCCAUCUGGACUCACCUUCACACUGGAGAGUGGUAUGUCUGCAUAUACAGUACUGACCAUCCCUGCCCUAAGAACAUAAAGCAUAAGGAGAGGCAGCUGGAUCCGCCAAUGGCCCAUCUAGUUCAGUGUCUUGUUCUCACAUUGGCCACCCAGAUGCCCAUGGGAAAACCUGCAUAGCAUGUGCAAGGGGUAUUCAGAAACAUUGCCUUUAGGGGUGGCACCCUCAAGUCAGGUGUUUCUCUCUAAAAGUGGGUGGCCACAGCGUGUGCCUGUUUGCUGGAAGUCGUGUUGUAGCUCUGUUUCAAAACUGCCUGUGCUCGAGGCGUUUCUGACUGCUGCUGUUCUAAUACCACCUGCAUGAGAAAGUCACCGAUGAUGUGGGAGGUGAAGAAAGCUAGUUGGUCUAGUAAAUUCUAAUUUUAAAAAAGCCCCAUAGUGUACCAUAUAUUGGUACAGUUAUGUAACACAGGCUGACAAGGAAAUAGAACAGUCUCUCUGUCUCCCUCCCUCCAAACCUGACAAGCUGUUGGGAAUUCAGUAUGUCUUUUCGGGGUGGAGAGGAGUGUAUUCCACACCCUCCCUCCACUUCCUUUUCUUCCUUUUGGAGUUUCUAGAUUCAUUUUGGGAAGGUAAGCAAGAUGCUAGCUCUGACUCCAGCCAAUAGGAUUGGGCUUCUGCCAAGAGCUUACCUCUUUUGCGUAGCUUGGGCCCAGCCUCCUUUGCAAGUGGCGUGUAUAACUCCAGUGACCAAAGUAAAAGAACAGGGAGGCAGGCGCACUCUAGCUUGGGAGCCAGCCGGCCACGUACCUGUGGAUUGUGUGGAAUUCACACUUCUCUUCCUUUCCCCUUCUUAAUUUGAAGAGGUUGGCUUUCUCUCUCUUGCUUCUGCUGGCAUAUUGUGAAUGUCUCUCUGUGUGGAGGAGGCUGGGCAAACAGCACAAAGAACAGCGAGGCUCGCUGGUAAGUGUUUCAGUCCAAGUCUCUUUGUUUUAAUAUCUUGUUUCUGUCUCCGGAAGAUUUUUUUUUUUUGAAUGCACAAAGGAUAGCUUAAACAUAUAUUGUAAGAUUAGCUAAAAGGUGACCUGACAACAGAUACCUGUUUAAUGUGUGCGUCUCCCCCCCUCCCUUUCUUGUCUUUACCAGAAUAAAAUGUCUUGUAUGUGGUUGGCUACACAAUCCUGGCAUGUUCUGAAAAGUAAAUCCCAUCAAAAUCAAUAAAAUUGGGCCAUGGAUUCUAAGUGGAUUUAGGUUUCGUGAUUUCUAUCUCAUUUCUCAUGUAUGAGUGAGAUUUCUAGCAGGGGGAAGCAAUUUUCUAAUGAAAUGAUUGCAUACUGUAAGCUUGUUAGUAUUCAGUAGCUUUUGGGGGAAAAGCAUGUUUUAAAAAUUGAUUACUUUAGAAAAGGGUGCUCUUAAUAUGUUUGUAAGAGAAUCUGCUGUUACUGGUGAAUUGGGAAGUAUAUAGCAAUUCUUUGUCUAGGCUGGUUAUUUCAAAGGAAUUUAAAAAUGAAUAAACAUUGAUGACAGGGAAACAAAGCAAAUUGAGAACCAUCAUGUUACAGAACCCGUGAGAUGUAAUUCAGAUAUUACACCAGGUUCUUUUCUCUCUUUGAAGUUUACAUUCCAGAUCAAGCCUUGUACUCAGCAUUUGAAGCAUCUGUCUCUUUUUUACCCCAGAAUGAAUGUCUGUCUAAAUAGAAUCAUAGAAUUGUAGAGUUGGAAGGGACCACAAGGAUCAUCUAGUCCAACCCCUUGCAAGGCAAUGCAGGAAUCUUUUGCCCAACGUGGGGCUCAGACCCACAAACCUGAGAUUAAGAGUCUCAUCUUCUAUCCCAGUUUCUGGUAACUUCCCUUUCUUGACAGAAUUGAUAACUUUGCCACUGAAUCCUUAUAGCAUUUCAAAAAUCUAGGAUAGUGAAUGCCUACCUUUGAAAUAGGCAGUAUUUUGUGGGGGUGGAGUUUGAGAGAAGGGGAGGUGCCAAGAUAAGUGGAUAGGAAAAACUGAGGAAGAAUGGCAGAGGAGUAUAAAAUUGGUUGCUUUGUUUUAACAGCAGAGGCAGGAUAGCAUUGUGUGUGUGUCUAAGAUGUUAACCAAGGAUGGUUACACUCUUUGGAACUGGAGCUUUGAGUGAUUUUACUUAGAGGGGUUGCAAUAACAAUUGAGUCAUUUUCAGUCAUCAACCCUGCUAACAAUCAUCUCAGAAACCCUUGUGUCACUGCCAUAAAUGUUAUACCUCAUUUGUAAGGCCCCCAUUUCAGGUAAUUAGGUGACAAGAGCACAAGAACCACAAUCAUAUUUGCACAUGUAUAGAGAGAAGGCAGAAUAAAAAUCUGGCAGAUUUAAAAAUCUAGCUUUUGGCUGUGGGGGUUGUAAUAUAUGUUAAUAGUGCACAAUGUUUGGGUUUGUUAGCUGCCAUGACUUUCUUUUGAAAAUUGGGCAGGAUGUAAGUUGUUGGUUUUUUUAAAUUGUUUUAGCACUAUGUAGUCAUAUCAUAUUCUGUUGAAAUAUGACUUAUUCCUGUGGUACAGUUAGGGAAGUGAUCUGAUUGAUUGGGUUUAUUAUAUUUCUAUGGCACUUUUCAUUCAAAUGAAUUUCAAAUGAAUUUCAUUCAAAAGGUAAAGGUCAAGGGACCCCUGACCGUUAGGUCCAGUUGUGGAUGACUCUGGGGUUGUGGCGCUCAUCUCGCUUUAUUGGCCGAGGGAGCUGGCGUACAGCUUCCGGGUCAUGUGGCCGCUUCUGGCAAACCAGAGCAGCACACGGAAAUGCCAUUUAGCUCCAUAAAGGUAGAGGAGCCUUGACAGUUGAGUCCAGUCGCAAACGACUCUGGGGUUGCAGCGCUCAUCUUGCUUUACUGGCCGAGGGAGCCAACAUUUGUCCGCAGACAGUUUUUCCGGGUUAUGUGGCCAGCAUGACUAAGCCGCUUCUGGAGAAACCAAAGCAGUGCAUGGAAACGCCGUUUACCUUCCCGCCAGAGCGGUACCUAUUUAUGUACUUGCACUUUGACGUGCUUUCAAACUGCUAGGUGGGCAGGAGCAGGGACCGAGCAACGGGAGCUCACCCCAUUGCAGGGAUGCGAACUGCCGACCUUCCGAUUGGCAAGCCCUAGGCUCAGUGGUUUAGACCACAGCGCCACCCGUGUCCAUAGCUACUGAUAAACCCAUCCUCCAUGAAUGUUUUAACCCUUCUUUAAAAGGGUAUGCAUACACCCCCAUAUAUACACACUAGCACCACGAUCCCAGAAAUAAAAUGUUUUGCAUUUAUAUCCUACUUUUUUCUCCAACAGGCUCAAGGUUCUUGCACUCCUUAAUUUAUCCUCACAACAGCCCCUACGAGGUAGGUUAGGCUGAGAGAUGGUGGUUGGUCACCCAAUGAGUUUAAUGGCUGAAGGGGGAUUUGAACUGUGGUAUCUCUGGUCCUAGUCCAGCACUCUAACCGCUACACAACACUGUUAAAAACUCAUUGUACAUAUAGAGAUAUACAUGCCAGCGAGGGUUCCUUUUGCUUUCCAUGCCUAUAUCUGCACACACAGAGCUUUUUCUGGCAUUUCCUAAGUGGAAGUUCAUUGAAGUAUGGUAGCAGUGCAUGUGGCUAGUGGCCAGCAUGUGCCAACUUCAAACUGGGGACUCAGGAGUUUCAGUGUAACAAGUGUCAUCCCUAUUGAUGUUUAGUAUAGCCUAUGCAUGUACAGUUGUACCUUGGAAGUCGAACAGAAACCGUUCUGGAAGUCCGUUCGACUUCCAAAAUGUUCAGAAACUAAAGCACAGCAUCUGAUUGGUGGCAGGAAGUUUCUGCAGCCAAUUCGAAGCCGCGGAAGCCCCGUCAGACAUUCGGCUUCCAAAAAUAGUUCACAAACUAUUCCAAACACUUCCACAGUGAAGGCUGAGGGAAAGGAUUCAUUUAGCUUCUCUGCCAUCUCCCUGUUUUCCUUCAAUACUUCAUUCAGACUUUUACGUUCUAAAAAUCCUGCCUCCUUGACUGAUUUCCUGCUUUUCAUAUAUUUAAAGGAAUAUUCACUGAUUCUGCACCUUCAACGAUAUGCUCCUAAAAUUCCUGACUUGGUCAUAUUAUUAUCCAACUUACACCCCCCCCCCCAAGUUUAUUAUCCUUUUUCAAUUUCCCCCUGUUUCACAGGACGACUUCUUUUAUUGCUUCAUUCACACGGCUAUUUAGCCACACUGGCAUCCAUUUGGACUUGUGUGAAACUUUCCUAAUCUGAGCCUCUGUUAUAGUGGUUUUAAAUAGUGUUAUAGACAGGACAAACAUAGAAAUUAAUAAAUGCUAUGAUUUUUGUUAUUUGUGGUAAGAAGGGAGAAUGCAAGCUGCAAUUCCUGGGCUGAGUUAUGCAAUCCAGCUUGGCUGGCUGAGGGAAGAGCAGACUGUUAGCACUACAAAAUGGUGCUGAUGGGCCACAGAAGGGUCAUUUGGCCUGGGGAGUGAGAUGUCACAAAGGUUGCCCAGGGGAACUGUGUGUUUGAGAGGGACAGGAAAAGGGGAGUGUUGAAACAGGGGCUUCUGGGCAGAAGGAGGAGGAAGUAAGGCUGAGAUCCAUCUUGGAGGAGGAGAUGAAAGGUUGCCUGCAAUGCCAUGGGUCAUGCUGUGAGCUCUGGACUACCUCCAUGCAGACUGAAGGUGUAAAUAGGUGAAUAAACCAUAUUUAUUAAGGCAUGACAGUCUCCGCCGUGUCUUCUAUUCUCUAAAGGAACACAGAUCCUGUGUGUGUGCCUGUGACUCCAUGCGCUCUUGCCACCACUUGGCAAAGAGAGGGGCAGGCACCAGGGUUUCGUAACAAUAAUUUCUGAACAUCUUAAAAAUAUAUUAUCUUCCUAACUUUCUCCUUCAACUUGCUUUAAAUUAAAACUCUCAUAUAUUCCCUCCCAAAACUAAAUGUGUUGAUGUGUUUUCCAGACAGCUUCCCACACUUUACAUUCAUAUUUUUUUUUUUUUUUUUGGUUAUUUCAAAGUGGGUAAACAACAAUUACAUGACUAUAACAUGGGCCGGGAUACCACUCAGUAUUAAAUCAAGUACUACCUUUCCUUUUGCUGGCUCUAAGACCAAGUAGUUUAAAGCUCAGUCAUUUAUUACAUGAGAAAUGUCUCCCCACUGUGACCUGAUCAAUGAGUGUGAUAAUAAACACUUUUAAAAAGGCGUCCAUUAUCACAAUACUUUGGUUAUGAGAAUCCACAGAUCCACUAAUUGGAGCCAGUUGCAAAAAGCACAUGUGUAAAAUUAUAAGAAGUCUGAACCCAGGAAUUUAUUUUGAGUACUGAAACGGAAUGGAGAUCCCCGACUCAAUCCUCCCUCCUCAAUUUUCUUAACUUCAGCACAGUUUUUGUUGUUGCAAUCAUAUUGGUGUUGCCCUUGUCACUUCUACUUUAAUUCCCCCCCCUUUAUAUUUUACCAAAAGAUACUAUCUUAAAAACAAGACACUCGACCACGCAAAACUUGGCAGCCGUGGGGGCGGAGGGAUAGAAGAAGCAGUGUUUUUGCUACUGAAUCCUACCCAUGUUUGAAGACCCAUGACAUUCCAUGACACACGCAGGGGAAGCAUGCUAAAGAGCUCCCCAAGUUGGUGGGUAUAAUGUCCGUGCAUAAAGAGUUUCAGGAUAAUGCUUUCCACAGAUCUUGAACAACAGGAAUUUGCUUCAAGACCAUAUUUGGCCUAUUUGCAAAGUAAAGUGGCAUCACCACACAACAGUAUCCAUACAUCUACAUGAAGAACCAAAGUAGCACAAAAGGCCUUUACACUAACUUGGCAAAUAUUCGCACAGAGCACACAAGGGGGAAUUAAGAAUAUAAGGAGAGCCCUGUUGGAUCAGGUCAAAACAGGAGGGCCACGCAAGCAGGACCUGAGGGCAACAGCAUUCUUCUCACUUGUGAUACCCAGCAGCUGGUAUUCAGAAGCAUACUUCCUCUGACUGGAGUGAAGCUUUGCGCUCAAAUCACUGAACAGAGUGAAAGGUUAUGAGUCUUGGGGGUGGGGAGAGUGGGUGUAUGAACUCACCAGUGCUCGGUUUAUUUUUUGGUUGCUAUUUUGUUCAUGUUGGUGUUCUGUAGAUUAUAAAUGUUACAGUACCUUUGUGAAUCCUAUAAUUUAUCAUUUGUAAUUGUGCUGUUUAGCUUUUUUUAUAGUUGUUUUGCUGAUGGUGCUUUAUGGAUUGUAAUUGCUUUACUGACAAUUUGUUAAUUGUUCUAUAUGAUUUGUGCUGUAUUUGUGAUGGUCUGUUCUGUUAUUGUUAUUUACUGUUUGUAAGCCAGGGACGCAGGUGGCGCUGUGGUCUAAACCACUGAGCCCCUUGGGCUUGCCGAUCAGAAGGUCGGCGGUUCGAAUCCCCGCCAUGACAGGAUGAGCUCCCGUUGCUCAGUCCCUGCUCCUGCCAACCUAGCAGUUUGAAAGCACGUCAAAGUGCAAGUAGAUAAAUAGGUACCGCUCUGGCGGGAAGGUAAAUAGUGUUUCCGUGUGCAGCUCUGGUUUCUCCAGAAGCGGCUUAGUCAUGCUGGCCACAUGACCCGGAAAAACUGUCUGCGGACAAAUGUCGGCUCCCUCGGCCAGUAAAGCAAGAUGAGCGCUGCAACCCCAGAGUCGUUUGCGACUGGACUCAACUGUCAGGGCUCCUUUACCUUUAUGGAGCUAAAAGCAAACUGCCGCUUGAAAAGUACUUUAUUGGGAUUUUAAUAACAGUAACAAUAAACAAUAGUGGAAAUAAGAGAGGUUAGAACAAGAAUUAAAAUGAAAGUACAACAGUUCUGAAAAGUAGACAUAUCAUGUAUAAAACUAAUUGGAACAAAACAUACUUCUAAUAACUUAUGUCUAUCUCAGUUGCACUUUUGGUCUCUAGAUUACAGACAAUUCUGUAUGUAUUUUCAGUGAGUAAGUUGGAAAGUAAUGUCAAUAUGUUGAGGGAAGGGAUAGAAAGGAAUGUUUUUCCAUGCCAGUUUGCCAGGGAUUUGCUAAAUCAGAUGUUCAGACUCUGGGGCCAUGAAGCAGAGGAAGGCUGCUGCCUUCAUGCCCUGAUGGCAGGCUGGCCACCAAGGAGCCAUGGUGUUUUGAAAUCAGGUUUUCCAGCUGCAAAAUUCCCUGUGAGACACGCCCUCCCCCCAAGUCAAAUGAAUACAACGCAUGUUUUGCUCCCUGCUUAGUCUGUGUCAGUGGUGGUUUCUCCAUAGGAACCAGUAGUUCUUAUCUACAAUACUGUAACUAACAGGACAAUCCAACAGCUUUGCAAUGGUGUAAAUCUUAACUCAAUGACACAAUGGUGGAAGGUCCAUUGGAUCAUCCCAUCCUGAUAUCUAUUCCUGCUGCCUGAUGAAAAUUGUGUGGCCAAAAUUGGUACCUCUCAAGCACUGGACUUCUCCAGCUUUCACCAAGUUUACCUGCUGAGCUCAACUUGGCUGGUUGCUUAAGAUGCUUCGUUUUACGCUGCAGUCAGUAGCGCUUGUAGUACAGACUUUUAGUACUGACUACUGUUAGCUCACAGAGGAAGGAGAACAUCUCCUGGUGCCAUGUGGUAUUAUUAUUGUUUGGUUGUUUGUGGUUUUAGGGCAUACACGUGGCUUUAAAAAAAGGAAUAGAAAGCAGGAUAACUACCCCCCCUCCUGAUUGAAAACAUCCCUGUGCUGUGCCAAACGCAGACUCUGGUUUGUGCUUGUCCUAGCCAGCAAAGAAUCUCCAAAAGCUACAGUUCUCUGUCCUUAAGUGGCCUCUUGCUCAAUCUGCAUCCCUGGUGUUGCUAAAUUCUUACACUGAGAUUCAGUGUUUGUUCUCUCUAUUUAGGAAAAUACCGCAAGACAGGCCCAAUCUUCAUUGCCUGCAAGGUCUUCCCUUCUCUCAAUUUAUAGCAGCUGCAGCACAAUCUGCAAGGGUUGUGCUCAGAAGUAAAAGCAGGGCCCAAUUGCCCGUGGAAACAGAAUUUUUGCAUCCAUUGCAAUGUGUUAGCAUGGGUGACAAAGCAUUACCUGCCUGAGGGUGAAGUAGAGGUGGCCCUAGCCCCAAAUAAGGUGUGUUAAUAUAGUUUGGGCAGUUUAAGUAUGUAAACGGAGCACAUUCAGCCUUCGUGUAAUUUGUGUGUCAUUUAACACAUACACCUAAUGUGUCUCAUUCUCCCCCACCCCAGUUGAUCCAUCUGCACUUCCUUCCCACCCAACUGCAAAUUUGUGCCCAACUGCACCCCCCCCCCCGGCAAGGAACUAUGUAGGUAGAAGUGCCACAGAGGCACACUCACAGUUAAAGGUAUAUGGUAAUAGCACACUGCUGACUUUAAAAUAGCCACCUUGUGCAAAAAGAUACAUGUAAUUCUGUGACAUUGUGUGUGGGAAGCUGAGAACAUCACAGAUAAUACGUAGGAUGGUGUUGUGAUUUCCUCAGAGUAGGAUCAUCUGUUGCUUUUGCAUAACAGCAAAAUGUUCCCGGGUUAAUAGACUUUAUAUAGGUUUUGUGUUUGGCCUCAACCUCUAAAGCAGGGGUGAAUAAUAGGAUCUGGCCAACCCUCCAUAGGCCACUUUGACAGGGGAGUGGGACUGCCCACCUGUCAGUCAUCUUUUUUAUGUCGGGAGAUUCAAGCUGCAAACUCUAUCUGCAAAGGAGGAAUCAGUAGCACUCGCUCACACGUGUGCUCCCUUUCUUCCUUUCCUUCUUUGCAUUUGUUGUUGUUUAGUCGUUUAGUCGUGUCCGACUCUUCGUGACCCCAUGGACCAGAGCACGCCAGGCACUCCUGUCUUCCACUGCCUCCCGCAGUUAGGUCAGACUCAUGUUUGUAGCUUCGAGAACACUGUCCAACCAUCUCGUCCUCUGUCGUCCCCUUCUCCUUGUGCCCUCCAUCUUUCCCAACAUCAGGGUCUUUUCCAGGAGUCUUCUCUUCUCAUGAGGUGGCCAAAGUAUUGGAGCCUCAGCUUCACGAAUCUGUCCUUCCAGUGAGCACUCAGGGCUGAUUUCCUUAAGAAUGGAUACGUUUGAUCUUCUUGCAGUCCAUGGGACUCUCAAGAGUCUCCUCCAGCACCAGAAUUCAAAAGCAUCAAUUCUUUGGUGAUCAGCCUUCUUUAUGGUCCAGCUCUCACUUCCAUACAUCACUACUGGGAAAACCAUGGCUUUAACUGUACGGACCUUUGUGGGUAAGGUGAUGUCACUGCUUUUUAAGAUGCUGUCUAGGUUUGCCAUUGCCUGUCUCCCAAGGAGCAGGCGUCUUUUAGUAUUGUGACUGCUGUCACCAUCUGCAGUGAUCAUGGAGCAACGGCAAAAGACAAUGGCAAAAGUCAAAUCAAUGUCAAACUAGGAUGGGCAAGAUAAGAUAGGAUUCCAACUUGCUUCUGGGCCCCUUUAUGUUGUUUAGGUGCCUCUUUUGUAUCAGUGGGAUAAACUAAUGCAAGUUAAUCUAUAUAAACCAGGCUAAAGUUGCAUGCGGGUGUUGGAAUCCCUGGUGAGUGGUUUGACAUGCACACACAUUGUCUGGCAAACUUUGUUCAGUGCAUGGACCUAAUGUAGGCUCCAUCGAGAGAGAGAUUCCCUCAAUUUGUCAGGCCAUUCCCUACUUUUGAAACUGUUUUAUGGGAUGGCACUUUGCAGACACUGAGAGAGAGAAAGGAAACCUGCUUCACCAGAGUCAUUACCGUGGUACUGAUUUUUAAAUACAAGUGCAGCAGUUCUAUUUGAGUUAACCUCUUGCUCCAUCUACCUCAGCAUUCGUGUGUGCUCUGCAGUGGUGGCCAUGUGCUAAUAAACAGAUCAAGUAGGCCAUUGUGAUAGAGUAACCACUUGGAUCAGUUAGCCUGGAUGUUACAGAUUUCUCUCAGGUCCAUGAAUUUCCCAAAAUAAGGUUGAACAGAUUUAGCAGGAACAACCCUUAAUGUAACGAACUGGCUAUGGCAGCCCUUUGCAUAGGUUUUGGGGGAGGGUUGUUCCCCAGCAAGAGGAGUACCUGUUUCCAUUGCAGUGCGAAACCUCAGCCCCAGUGCAUUGCUUGUUGCUUCGGGAGCUUGGCCAAGUGGUGUAGGCUCACAUUUGUAAUGAAGAACAAGCACACUUGCAAAGGAGCUGCCAAGCCUUACAGGCUGUCUUGUUGCUAUGCUAGGGCUUUGCAUUCUUUUCUUGUCCCCCUCAUAUGUGUGUGCUCAGAGAGUCUGCCAGAUUCUGAAUUAAGCAGCAGAAUGGUACUGAAUUAUCAACUUUUAAAAAACAACAGCGUGGAAACUCAGUGUUGUCCAUUAGGAAUUAGGAAUUCUUUUAAAUAUGUGAUUGAAUUUCCCCUUGGCAUAUUGUUUUUGGCUGACAAAAGUGGGCCAUGGGAGACUUUUUAGGUUCUAAAGAUUUCAAAUUAGUAUGCUUCCAAAGGGAAGAGAGGGUGAAUUUGUGCUACUGGUGUCAAAGUUAUACUUCCACUUCCACCUACUGCUGCUAUCUUUUUAAACCUUGCCUGCACUGGGUGAAUUGAGGAUGUUUCAACCUGAACUGUACAAGAGGAAUGUAACUUUAAAGCUAUGCCAUACAAAGGCUUCUGAGGUGGGAACAUGCAGGAUGCUUCUAAACAAAAGGGGCGUGUGUGUGUGUGUGUGUGUGUGUGUGUGUGUGUGUGUGUUAGAGGAGAGGAGGGACAAGAGGAGAGAAAGUUUAAAAGAGAAGGACUUUCCAGGGCAGUGUUAUGUGAACCAGAUAAUCAAAGAAGUAGAAAUGCUUGGCACAAUUUUGAAAGUUAGAACUUUCAAGAAAUGGAAUUAAUAGUGUCCAGUGUUGUGUAGUUCCAUAAGCCAACCUCUCUUAUCAAAGUGAAACCCUUGCAUGUUGCAUGCUUAGUUCUUAUGCAGUCAAAUAGAAUUAUGUGAGUGGAGUUAAGCCCAGUAGCAAAACAUGUUCUUAAACCAUUUAAUAGCUUUUUAAGGAGCCAAAGCACCAGUAAACAAGAUAACCAAUUCACUAAAUAAUAUCCUAUACAUUUGUCAUGCACAAUAAGUGCAUGCUCAGGAUUAGUGCAAGAAAGUUGCAUGCAUAUACUUGUAACUAUUUUACAAAUGUGUACCUCCUUACAUUCCAUUUUGAAGAGCUAUAGCUUUGUAUCAGGCAGGAAAGGGGGGCGGGAAUGCAGCUUCCUAGAAACUGGGUUUUUCCACGCUGUAUCUUCCUCCUACCCCCCUCCUUUUGUUGCAUCUAGUAAAAAUGGCUGACUUUACUAGUUUUAAAACAGCAUAAAGCAAUGGUUAAGAGUGUUAGAGUUUUGGAUUUGGGAAGCCAAGAUUCAAAUCCUUGCUUAGUUGUGAAGCUCCCUGGGCUUACCUUGGGCAAGUCACUUAGCCCAAACAACCUGUUAGGAAAGUUGUAAAAUUGAAAAUGUGACUUUGAACUCUCCUAGGACAACUAUGGUUGUUAUAACUAAGGUGGCCAUUGAAGUGCUUCUGUAAAUCAUGCUUCAAGAAUAACCACUAUCAGGAUAACUCAAUAUGGAAAGACUUAUCCACAAAUUUUGGUGCAUGGGAGGCACUCUGUUGAAGGGUGUGGUGGGGAGACUGUGUGUUGGCAAGCUAUAGCUUUUCCUCAGAAAAGUUGCUUGGCCAGUGGCUUGAAAUUUAUUUGGCUGCAUUCAGACAGUUCUUUAUUCCAUCUUCCUGAUACUUACGUUUUAAUUUUGGAAAAACUGGAGACCAAAUUCCCCACCAUUGAUCUGCUAAUUACCACACAAGGGUGGUUAAUGACAAUUUCAAGCUUGUGAGAGAGCUGGGCUUUGACACCCAGGAUCCCCUGCCCGAGCUUCUCUCUGGCCUGCAACAUUCCAAAGACACUCCUAUAAAUGAUGCUGAAGUUUGCCUUGCCAAGUUGUGUGUGUGUGUUUUGACAGGGUGAUCCUGAAUGGUUCGUUACCAGGUGACCUGCCAGGGGAGUUCACGUUUGUUUCCUGGCGAGGAAAUAGUGUGUUCGACUACAUCUUAGGGUCCUCAGCACUGAUAAGUCAGUUUGAAACGGUUCAGGAGGUAGACCACAUGGAGAGCGGUCGCCUCUCUGUGAUCUUAACUGUCAACUCCCCCUUUCCCAUGUGCCCCCUUCAGGAACCCCCUGUCAAUGGAAGUGACUCAGCCUGAGCCAUGAACUUUGCCGUGAGCGACCACACCACUAGCGAUUAUUCAUCUUUGACCUUGGCCACCAAAUUUGACAGUCCCACGCUUGCGCCUCUGCCUCGGUUCCCUGAUGCAAGCAAAGAUGUUGUGCUUAGGAUCCCUUGGACCACAGACUCACCUUACAAACUUCUCCAACAGUUCUAAAGUGAGACCAUGUUGGAAUACAGAGCUUCUAUAAUUAACUCAGUAAACCCCCAAGAAGCUAUUGAAACAUUUGAAAUCCUAAUAAGAUCUCUAAAUGAGUUUUCAAAACAACAAUUCAAGAUGCAGAAACAUUCCAGGGAGGCCUUUGCUGCCGUCUGGUUUGAUAAAGAAUGCAGAGCACUCAGAGCACACAUCCGGAGUAUCUAUUGACACCAUCAUAAGGAAGAGGCAACCACCCUAUCCCCAUAAUAUUUCAGGUCUUAAAAUUUGUUGCAGCAUCUUAUUGAAAAAAGAGAUCUGAACAUACCAACAAACAAUAGGAACAGCUCCUUUAUACCAUAACCUCAAACAAGUAAAGGAGAUUCUGGUCCUUAGUUUCUGGGGCAUUCAAUACUACUUACCUCUCCUCUCCACCCAUUUUGCCUAGUGGUUCGUACCACUACUUUCCAGGUGUCCUGCACGAGGAACAUUCCAGUGAAGCGACUUGUCAUCAUUCUAUUCAAAUGGAUGCCCCCAAGUGGCCCCAAGUUUCAUCAGAUGAAAUAAAAAUGUUGAUAGGCCAGUUAAAGCAAGGGAAAGCCACUGGCCCAGAUGGGAUAGGCCCCAAUGUUCUUAAACUACACCCUGACUGGUGGGGCCCCUUGCUGGCCAACCUGUUCACAUGGGUAGAUAUGACUGGACUUAUGCCAGAGGCAUGGACAAGCACAAUUAUCAUUUCAAUAUACAAUAAGGGAGAGUGCACAUUACCACCUAACUAUAGACCAUUAAGCCUCCUCUCUAUAGUGGGGAAGCUAUAUGCUAAACAUCUCUUGGGAAAGCUUACCCAGUGGAUGUCCCAAUUUGCCUUACCAGGCUCUGAGCAGUUGGGUUUAUGUCAAGGAAAAACUACCUUGGAUCAUUGUGUCAUACUUUCUCACCUAGUGGACAAAUACUGUAGGGUUCCUAAUCAAAAACUUUAUACCGUCUUUUUGAAUCUAAAAGAAGCCUUUGACUCAAUCCCGAGGGAGUUGCUCUGGAAUAAACCGUCCAAAAUGAACAUCCACUUAAAGGUUACUUUUUCUCCUUAGAAAACUACACACUUCCAUGAGGCGCCAGGUGAAAUGCUCUCAAUUAGGCAGGCUAACCCCAAAAAUCCUCGUCUACAAAGGGAUAAAACAGGGUUGCAUCUUAGCCCCAUAUUAAUUCAUUCUUUUCCUAAAAGACCUAUUUACGCAGGGUGGGUGGCCACUGCCCAAAGCUCAGCUCCAUCACGUUCCCAUCUUACUAUAGGUCAACAAUGCAGUCAUUCUGUCUUGCACAAGGGUUGACUUGAAGCAGCUUCUGUGCUGCUGCCAGGAAUAAUGUGUAGCUAACAGCCUGGACAAGGGACGCGGGUAGUGCUGUGGGUAAAACCUCAGCGCCUAGGACUUGCUGAUCGCAUGGUCGGCGGUUCGAAUCCCCGCGGUGGGGUGAGCUUCCGUCGUUCGGUCCCAGCUCCUGCCCACCUAGCAGUUUGAAAGCACCCUUAAGUGCAAGUAGAUAAAUAGGUACCGCUGUAUAGCGGGAAGGUAAACGGCGUUUCCGUGUGCUGCUCUGGUGCCGGUUCGCCGGAGCAGCUUCGUCACGCUGGCCACGUGACCUGGAAGUGUCUGUGGACAGUGCUAGCUCCCGGCCGCUAGAGUGAGAUGAGCGCACAACCCUAGAGUCUGUCAAGACUGGCCCGUACAAGCAGGGGUACCUUUACCUUUACCUUAACAGCCUGGAACUUCACUUCACAAAAUCAAAAGUGCAUGUUUUUUCAAAAUCUGGAAGCCUCACAGGUGGGAGAUCAGUGGUAAUCUGUUGGAACAGGUUAAAAAUUUGAAAUACCUAGGCACCCCACUUCCAAUACAACGCCUCCUGAAAAUACCAUUGUAAGCUCACACUUAAUGGGGUGGAUACUUUUGCUCUGGCUAUUACGGUACCUGUUUCUUCUUCAACAGAGGGAAUCAAUACAUCCCAGCUGCACUAAAGGUCUUUAAUGCAAAAGUAGGCCCAAAACCUACGCAUGGCAUCCCAUUAUGGAUUGGUGCAGUUAACCAGUUGUUGAAACACAUCCAAUCAAAAUUUCUGGGCAAAAUCCUGGGGCUGCCAAAGUGUGCUGUAUGCAGCCAUGUGUCUGGAAACGGGCUUCUGGAAACCAAAGUGUGGCUCACCACUAUAAAAUUCUGGCCCCGCCUACAUUUCAAGUCUGACUUUUCAUAUGCUAGCAGAAUUCCACCACUCAAUGGUUAGCUUGCAUUGAGAACAAAAUCAAAACCUGUAUCCUGUCACUCGAGUCGUUGCUUGUGCUCCCACAAUUGGAAGCAUUCUAGACAAUCAGGCGUAGAAUUCUAGAGAUUGAAUUCCAAACUCUUAGCCGCACAGCCAAUAAAACCCAUUCCCCAUUGGGGUUAGGAAUUCCAUCCUCGUAUGGUCAGGGCACUCCAUAUUUACAUCAUCUUUACAAUCCCCACCUACACAGAGCUCUUCCCUCACAAGAUUUAAUGUUUUGCCAUCUACAGUUUUGCAAGGUAGAUUCUCUAAAAUCCCAUAUGCUGAAAAGCACUCCCCUUGUGGCACAAAACAGGUCGAAUCCAUCACACAUGUUUUAUUUCAUUGCCCAUUUUAUGCAAAUAAAUAAAUAAAUAUUUGGUCCCCUUAUUGAAGGAGGGGAUCUAUCACACUGACUCUUCCAGGGUGUCCUAUCUGCUGAAUAAUUGUAGGAUUGAUGCUGUGGGGAAUGUGGCAAGAUUUUUGAGUGAUGCCAUGAAAUUCCGUCACCAUAGGUCCUAAGAGCCACUUUUGUAUCUCACGACGUCCGGACGGUUUUAUCCUAACGUACCUCUUACUAUGUUUUAUUACCCAUGUUGUGUUCUGAUCCAUAUAUACAACACACUCUUUCUAUGCCAGUAAAGGAGAUUGAUUGAUUAAUACUUGUUAUUUUUCAUGCUUUAUGUGACCUAUCAAAUAACCUACAAGCCACUUGUAGAAUCUAGCAGAAGUUUAGCACUUAUUUCUCUGUCAAUUGCUUCCAGAAAAAAAUCCAGUUCAACCCUGUCAAAUCACUGGAUUUCAAAUCAUUGUAAUUUCACAUGAUAAAGUUUGGGGUAGUAUCCCAGCAUGCAGUUCUUUCCUUCUGUUCAGAAUUUAGUGUGAGAUGGUGGUCUAUGGACCAAAAAGCCACCAUCCCAUAACACAACAUGCACCACAGUGUAAAAGGAGCAUUAGAAAUCAGAACAGAAGCACUAGCAUUAUAUCCAGUAAUACUAAUGCAAUAAAUCCCACAUCUGAACGCAGCCUUUGAAAGAAGCCUUGUUCUCUCUCCAGCGCAGAAAUAACACUCCCCAAGUGUUAUGCAGUGCAGACAUAAAACUCAACAUUACCAUGCCGCAGGAGUGGCUGGGUGAUCAUAUCUUUCUUGUGCCUUCCCUCUUCCUCACACGACCUGUGCUAACUAUGAUAAAGAUACUCCUAAAUCCUGGCUGUAGAAUAAUUUGUUCGUUCCCACCCCACUACAAAAAAUCAUGGUUAAGAGGAAGAAUGCAAUGCCUUGUUCCCAUUUACUGAUUGAUUAUUAGUGAUCAGGGAGCAUUAGAUCUGUACCAGUUCUAUAUGUUAAGUGCAUUUCCUAUAUCACUUUAUGUAAGAUGGAGAUUAUUCUGACAAGUGGCUCUUAAAUAGGUUUCUGUAUUUUCCACCUCUGUGCUUCAAAUGUAACAUGUGCACUCAAUUCAAAACUGAAUCUUCUACUUUCUAUUCCUUUAGCACCAUUCAGAAGCAGGAUACUAUAGCUAAAAAUGCAUCUCUAAACAGUAAUUGUGAAAGUGGUCCUCAAGUAGUUAUUUUCUUUAAGCCCCUUAGACUACAUAAUAAUGCAAAUAGCAUUUCAUCUUCCAAGCUAGUUUCCUUUAUCAUACCCAACUUGCGUUUCAGAUGUGGCUGCCUGUAGAAGUCAGUAGAAUAUUGUGGUUUCCACUUAAAACUUGUUUUCACCCUGAUAUUUGCAGUCUGUAGGCCUUGCCACAAGGGGCUAAGGGGGCGCAGAUGUCCACAUACUGCCUUGCCCACAUUCCACACACCCAUUCACCAAAGCUGCCAGAGCGUUUUGGCAAGUGUAUUCUCAGCCAUUGCUGCUUGUCCUGACUUGGGGUGGGGUGAAGAAAAAGAAGCACGAAUCAGUGGUCACAGGGAGGGGAAAGCCUCAGCAGCUGCCAGUACAAGAGGCCUAAAAUGAGUCUCAGGGAACUCUCCACUCCCCUUCCUCUGACUGCAGCUGCUGCUUCAAGAUCCAUUCUCUCAUUUUGGCACACUGUCUUUUCUGUCUUUUGGCAUUUUUGCCUUUGGGACUGGAGAGUUCUAGAGCCCCCAACUCUCCAAGGCAAUUCAGAUUCCACCCAGGUUUGAAUAGGGAGGAACUGAAAGAGUAAUGUGGCUCAUAGGCCCAUGAUUCCAGGCUGAAUAUAGAAUAGCAGAGUGUGAUUGUGUAUACAAUAUCCAUAUUUGGUUAUAAAUCUGUUACCUACUUCUGAAUAAAUAUGCUUAUGAUUAAAACAUUGUGGGUGUAGGUUUUACUUUGUGGACUACCUAGCCAUACUGGCUGGGGCUGAUGAGAUCUGUAGCCGUAAAAGACUGAGGGGGAAUGCCCCUUUAUCCAUCUAUCAUCUAGCUAUCUAUAUCUAUCUAUCUAUCUAUCUAUCUAUCUAUCUAUCUAUCUAUCUAUCAUGUUACUGACACUGUUGUUAAGAUUACUCCAGCAUGUAUCUUAACUGCAUUUAUUUAUAAUUCUAUUUCUGUCCCACUUUUCCUGCAGUGAGCUCAAAGUGGCAUUCAUGGUUUUCCACCUCCCCAUUUGAUCCUCCCAACAACCCCAUGUGGUCAGGGUAUGAUAGGCUAAGAGACGGUGGCAGGAUUAAGGUCACCCAGUAAAUUUAAUAUCUGAAUCGGAAUUUGAACCCCAGUCUCUCAAUUCUUAGCAAAGCACAGUAACCACUACAGCACACUGUCUCUCUGUAAGUGUGGCAAAUGUCAUCAUUAUUAAUGAUAUCCAAGGCAACCUGUGAAAUGGGAGGCUUGGGCAAUAUACAGGAUCCUUUUUGCACAAGUGGGCUCAACAGCAGAUGAAAGAAAGCUAGUUGUUGUCAUUUCUUUUUGUAAUACAGUCAUACCUCAUGUUACGUUUCUUCAGGUUGUGUCCUGCAGUGACCCAGAAGUACCGGAAAGUUACUUCCGGGUUUCGACGCUCGCACAUGUGCAGUAGUGCUAAAUCGCGCUUCACACAUGUGCACAAGCACCAAAUCACGCCGCGUAUCUGCGCAGAUACAGCGCUUCAGGUUGUGGGCUUUUCACGUUGCGAACGGGCCUCCGGAACGGAUCCUGUUCGCAACCAGAGGUACCACCGUACAUGACUCUAGUUAGUUUUCAACCCACAGAGAAAAGCUGAGCAAAGAAAAAAGGGCACCCUUUAGCUCCUGUAAUGAAUGAAGUAGGCCUGGAAGGUGAACAAUAUACUCUUGGUCAGUCUGCAGUGCUUGGCAAAACUGAUAGGUGAAACUAAUUUCUCCUAAGCCACUCCAAUUUAUGUCUUAACUUCUCCACUCUCCUCAGGAAAUAAUGAAAAAGGUUUGCCAAGGUUCUUGAUCAGAGAAGUGGACUUUGAGAUAAAGGAACUAACUAGGCUCAUGUUUUCGCCUGAUCAAGAAAACCAUCCGUCAAAAGCACCAGUGAAAUAUGGUGAACUGAUUGUAUUGGGGUAAGUAUUUCUUAUUAAAAUGAGACCCAGUGAACAUGUAUUUAACUCUGUGAAGAAAAGCAGUUUUGCUUGUCACUAUAUGCAAUGCAAUCUGGACCUGUGAAGAUUAUUUCCACUGCCAUUUUCUUCUUGCACCCUGACUUCAAGCUAAAGCCAUCAUACUAAUGUUGGACGACAUGGUUAGUUAGGAUAUGCCCUCAUGGUCUUACUAUUGUUCAUGACUUUGGACAUGAUCCAACCACCACUAAACAUUUUUAAGCUCCAUCAGUUCCAGCAGGAGAGAUUUAACAUAUAUGUAAGCUUCUCACUGAAAUCAAUAGGGCUUAAUGUUGGCUGUAUUGUGUCAUUUAUUAUGAAGGUAUUUGGUUUAUGGUACAUUAGGCUAUAAGUAACAGGCCUGUUAGCAAGAGAGAGCAUCUGUUCUUAUAGGCUACCCUUCAGUGUAUCUGAGUUGACAGUUUCACAUAAAUUUUACAUUUCUGCAAUGAUUUUUAGAAGGACCUCAGUAGACUUGUAAUACUAUCUCUAGGGGUGUUUUAUAUGUAUAUAUUUAAAUCAUUUGCACCCCUAUCAUUCAAAUGCACAAGUAGUCGUAACCAAAAAAAAUCAUACUAUAAAUUAACAAUUUAAAAAUCAGUUCCAAAAUAAUUAAAACACUAAAGCAACAGUAGGUAAAUAGCACUAAACAGCCAAAUAUCAGUAAUACAGCAGCAGUAAAAAUUAUUCCAAAUAUACAAAGACUUUUAUUUUGGGUUGAGCAGGAGACUCUUAAUCUCAGGGUCGGGGGUUCGAUCCCCAUGUUGGGCAAAGGAUUCCUGCAUUGCAGGGGGUUGGACUAGAUGACCCUCGUGGCCCCUUCCAACUCUACAAUUCUAUGAUUCUAAGUAGCCAAGAUAUCUCCACCUGCCCUGCUUCCACUGCCCAUUCAUUUGGCAAACAAUCAGUUACAAACCGAAUGCCUUCUUAAAAAGGAAGGUUUUUACUAGCUUUCAGAAUGCCAUUAAAGAGACGAUAAGGUGUUACUUUCUUGGGAGGGAAUUUCAGCCACAGGGAGGGGGGAGCCCCUCUUUUUAGUCCUAACCAAGUAUACUGCAAGGGAUUCUGGGUCACACAGAAGGGCCUUUGAUGGUGAUCAUGUUAUACAGGAGAGAAGGAGGUCCUUCAGAUAUCCCAGUCUUAAACCAUUAAGGAUUUUAAAGGGAAUCACCGGCACUUUGAAUUGUUCCUGGAAACAAAUUGGAAGCUACUGCAGCUGUUUAGGUUUGAAAAGCACAUGCUCAAUUUUAACAACUUGGCCAUGGACUCUUCAAAGGCAGCUCCAUGUAUAGAACAUUGCAGUAAUCCAGAUGUAAUGCAGCUAGUGCCAUGGCCAGCUCUGCCUCUCCAGGAAGGCGCACAGUUGGUGCCCAAGUCUCAGCUUGGCAAAGGCACUUCUGGCCUCGGCAGACACCUGGGCAACCAGGGUCAAGGCCACAUACAGAAAAAUCCCCAUACUACACACCUGCAUUUUCAAGGGGAGUGUAGCCACAUCCAACACAGAACUGAGUCAGUUCUACUGACUGUGACCACUGUGUCAGGACUAAGCUUCAGUUUGUUUGCCCACAUCAGUUCAUUUCAGCCAUAAAGGCAUAGAUCUACUUGAGUGAUGCACAACUUUUUUAUAAUAAAAAACCUACACUUAAAAAAAAAAAGAUCUUUAAUUCCACAGGUUUGUGGUAAUAUGUCCAAAUUAAUUCAGAGGCAACCCAUCCACAAAUACCCUCUGUAAUGUCUUCAUUCACCCUUUUUCCACAGGUACAAUGGCUCUCUGCCAAAUGGAGAUCGAGGAAGAAGAAAAAGCAGAUUUGCUUUAUUUAAAAGAGCCAAAGCAAAUGGGGUGAAACCUAGCACUGUGCACAUUGCCUGUACGCCUCAGGCAGCAAAGGUAAGCUUGACUAAUGAGCUUUCGUCUCCAAAGGCCAGCAUUUGUUUCGUUAUAUGGCAGCGGCACUUGCAGCAAAUUCUGAUAAUUAAGUUCACUGAAGUAUUCCAAUGCAAAGCCAGUUCUUCUGAAAAAGCUAAUCUUGCUCAUGGAAAUGAAGACAUUUUCAAUAAUAUCAUUUACACUUGCAUCCUGCCCUUCUCCACUGAAGUCAUGGAAGUGUCCAUGUAUGUGAACCCUGGACUUGGUCCUUGCAACCACCCUGCCAAAGCAGGUUGGGCUGAGAGCAGGAGUGUCCUAAGAUCCGCCGAGUGAGCUUCAGAGGUAGAGCAUCUGCUUUGCAUGUAGAGGUCCCGGGUUCAGUGCUUGGCAUCUCCAGGCAGUGCUGGGAAAACGCUCCUGUCUGGAACUCCUGGAGAGAUUGGAAUCUGAAGCUGGCCAAAAUCCAAAGCUUCAACCUCUGCAACCCACUGCCUCUUGAAAACGUUCACUCUUAAGAGUAAACAUUUUCUCAAGCAGCACUGCUCACUAUUCCCCACAUUCAUGUAACACUUGUGGUGGGUACUGUAUGGGAAAUGCAACAAUGCAUCUCCUAUUUUGAAGGGGUUCUGUCAGUGUUUAAACUGGUACUGAGGUUAGGAUAAGGCAAUAUUAGCAGGUAGUUUAUUUGCUUGGCCAAUCUCUGGCCUUUGGCACUUGAGAUGUGUUUUUUUCAGGACCCACCGUGUUUCUGUUUCUGUGUAGUUUGUUUUAACCGUUUUUAAUUUCUGAAUUUUGAAUUCUUGUAACCACCCCUGGAACUCUUCCCCUCCCUCUUCUGUGCCACUUGUAGUUCCCCUUCCCUGGCUGCUCAUGUUUUCCUAGGCCCUCCUAUCUGGGCAGCCCCCACCCCGUUGGACUGUGGUGCGAAAGCAGCUCAGCUAACCACCACAAAAUAAAUGUUGUAAUGCAUAUGACUUUUUAUAAUCAGCCAGUGGGAAAUAUGAUUUAUUUAUUUAUUUAAUCAGACUAUAGCUCAUACAGCAGCACCUGUGGAAAAAGCAAAUUCUGUGUUAGGGAUAAUAAGAAAAGGGCUAGGAAAUAAAAAUACCAGUACCAAAAUGUCAUUAUAUCAAUAUUUGUUGCGACUCGGACUGCUGUGUUCAUUUCUGGUCAGCAAGCCUGAAAAAAGAUCUCACAAGUGCAGAAAAGGACAACCAAAAUGAUCAAGAGAUUGGAGCAAUUUGCAUGUGAAGAAAGCUUUUUAGUUUAGAAAAAAAGGUGAAUAAGAUGGGAAAAUAUGAUGGAGAUGUAUAAAAUUAUGCAUGGUUUGGAGAGAAUGGAUAGGGAGAAUCUUUCUCUCUUUAGAUGCUGCAACUUGGGGCCAUCCAGUGAAGCUGGAAGAAUCAGAGAAAGGAAUGUCCCUCACAGCACAUUAAUUAACCUCUGGAAUUCAUUUCCACAAAGGGUAGUGAUGGCCACCAACGGAUUGAGGUUGAAUACCAACAAGACAGAAAUAUUGUUUCUGGGAGUCAUUUUGGACUCAUAGCUGUCCAUGGAGUCACAGGUUAAUUCUGUGUCCAGGGCAGCUGUUUACCAGCUCCGUCUGGUACACAGGCUGAGACCCUACCUGCCUGUGCACUGCCUCACCAGAGUGGCGAUGCACUCUAUGUGGGGCUUUGAAGGUGACUUGGAAAGUUAAACUAAUCCACAAUGCAACAGCUAGACUGGUGACUGGGAGCAGCCCUAAAGGAUCUUCACUGGCUCCCAGUACGUUUCUGAGCACAAUUCAGAUUGUUGGUGCUGACCUUUAAAGCCCUAAAUGGCCUUGGCCCAGUAUACCUGAAGGAGCAUCUCCACCCCCAUCUUUCAGCCUGGACGCUGAGACCCAGCAGGGAGGGCCUUCUGGCGGUUCCCACACUGUGAGAAGUAAAGCUACAGGGAAUGAGAUGGAGGACCUUCUUGGUAGUGGUGCCCUCCCCAUGGAAUGCCCUCCCCUCAGAUGUUAAGGAGAUGAGUAAUUGUAUAUCUUUUAGGAGACAUCUGAAGGCAGCCCUGUAUAGGGAAGCUUUUUAGGUUUCAUGUUUUACUAUGUUUUAAUAUACAGUAUGCUGGAAGCCGCCCAGAGUGGUUGGGGUAACCCAGUCAGAUAGGCGGGGUACUAAUAAUAAAGUAGCAGUAGUAGUCGUCGUCAUCAUCAUCACCGUCAUCUUUGUCUAGCAGACUGCCACUGUAAUGGUGCCAGGAGAUCAUUCCACAAAUGAGGUGCUGAAACGAGCGGUACAGUUAGAUGGAGGGGAGCACCCAGAGGAGGACCACUAAAGAAAAUACUCUUCUCAGUAGGGCUGGGCGAUAAUUGGUUUUCAAUAUUGCAAUAUAUCGCUAGCUAAACAUAGAAAUACAUUGAUAUAUCACAAUAUCUGAAAUAAGGAAGGAACUACGCAGAGGCAAACAGGACAAUGUCCUGGCAACUGCAGCUACUAAAGAGUCUAAAAUUGAUAAAUGAUGAUAUUAUCAAUCACCUCACAGUCACUUUCAUCAGCAGGCAAGCCAACAAAUGCAUCUAAAUGAGACUUUUGGUUUGGGGCUUGGCUACCAAAUGGUGGCAUUCAGGACAAUCCAAAGUACGGUGCUCAUAGUGAAUACAAAUCAUCUGCAAUUGUCGGACAGCCAGCAGGCCUGCUUUGCGGCAGCAGCCUGGUGGUGGCAGAAUCAACCAUGACAGGGGAGGGGGAGAAGCAGUGGCUGCCUGGCAGCAGUGGUACAAUACUCAGCAGCCUGCGAAGCUUUGCUGUGGCAGUGGGUGUCGGCAGCAGAAGCUGCGGCCUGGGAGGCCUUGUCGUGGUGUCGGCAGUAGUGGUGGCCUGCAAGGCCUUGUGGCAGCGGCAAAAGUGGUGACGGCCUACGAGGCCUUGCCAUGGCAGUGGCAGUAGUAGCGGCCUGCAAGGCCUCCGAAGGCGGCAGGAGACAGUAGCAGGGGUGGCCUGCAAGGCCUUGCUAAGGGAGGCUGCCACAGCUUCUGCCACCGCCUCCCACUGCCCCAGGAGGACUUGCAGACCGCCGCCACUUCUUGCCAUCAUGGCAAGGCCUUGCAAGCCCCACUGCUUGUGUUGCCAUGAGGCCUCGCAGGCUGCCAUUAUCAUUGCUGUCUCUAUGACCGCCGCGAGGCCUAGCAGGCUGCCACCGCUAUUGCCACCAGCUCCUGUCGCCGCUGUGAGGCCUCCACGAGGACUCGCGGGCCACCACUGAUUGUGCCACCACCGCGAGGCCUUGCAGGUUGUCGCUGCUACUGCUGACACGUACCGCGGUCAUGGCAGACUGUUUCUGCCACUGCUGCUUCUGCCUCCUAGCAGGCCUGCUGGCAGUCUGGCAGUCCCAGAUUAUUUGUAUUCACUAUGAUUCAUUGCCGUACUUUGGAUUAUCCUGAAUACCACCAUUUGGUAGCCAAGCCCAAAACCAAAAGUCCUAUUGGGAUGCAUUUUUGCUUGCCUGCUGAUGAAACUGUGUGAUGAUUGAUAAUAUUGUUGCUUAUCCAUUUUGGACCCUUAAGUAGUAGCAGUUGCCAGGACAUUGUCCUAUUCACCCCUGUAUGGUUCCAUCCUUAAUUCAGACAUUGUGUUGGAUUGCAAUGUUUAGUAGGUGAUAUUGUGAGGUUUAGCUGCUGAUAACAUUGCGGUGUUUAGCUGGUUAGUUAUCACAAUGUUGAAAACCAGAUAUCACCUAGCCCUUACACACAUUGUGAUUUGCGAUAUCACAAUGUUGAAAACCAGAUAUCACUUAGCCCUUACACACAUUGUGAUUCGCGAUAUGUUGCCAGUUCAAAUAUUAUGAAACAAUUACCACAAUGUGAACUUCAAACUGGUUUGGGAUGAUAUAUCACCCAGCCCUACUGCUCAGUCACUCCUACUAACCUCCAUGAGUGAGGCAGCUUUGAUGGUCCUUUUAGCAAGUGUGGCUCCUUUUCAUAUAGCCCAGGAGUGAGGAAACUGUGGGACUCCCCACUCCCAUCCUCCCCAAUCUUGGUUAAGUCUGAUGGGAGUCAGAGUUUUGCAAUAUCUAAAGGGCCACCCACCCCUGAUACAGACAAUGCUGGUAUUCUCCUUAGAAAGCUGACUGUGAUCUGACUGCUGAAAUGGCAGGAGCAGGUUCGUUUCCAACCACUCACUAAGAUACAGAGUGAAAGAUGAACUGGGAAGAGUCAGAAUUGCUUUGUACAUAUAGCCCUCCUUAGUUUGAAGCUCUCACAGUGGUCUGUGUCUGAUCAGUUAUAGACAACCAGGCAUUAUCUUGCAAAACAAGUUACCAUCAUAUUCACCAAUUCCAGGCUGUCAAAUAGCACGCUUAAUGUGCUUUGCUAAUUUAUUCCAACCUGCACUGAAUAAAUUUCUAUUUCCUUUUGUUUUCUAGCGUUUCCCAUUUUGUCCAAGUGACUUACUAAUCACCACAGGGUAUUUAAGUAAAACGGCCUGUUUUGAUAAACCCCACUUUUCUUCCCCAUGUCCCCAGUGGUAAUGGCUGGAAGGAUGGGGGAGGAAGCUCUGUCAGCCAUCACCAUUUGUGUCUCAUCCUUUGUGACACUUAAUCAUCCUUAGGAUCUUAAUCACUCGGGGUGUCUAGGCCAGCAUAUGGCUAACAGUAGGCAUGACUAAUAUGCUUGUUCCAUAGCAACAUGUGAUCUGUUGUGAAGCAGUAAGUGGGACCAGUUGGGUCUGUUUUGUUGGAUAGAUCAGUCAUGCAGUUAAAAAAAAGGUUUGUAAUUCAUAGUUGUGAAGUGACACACCUGCACCUAAUUAGCAUCUCUUGAGUUCAGGCUUUCAGUGAACUCAACAGGAGGCUGCUAAUGCUGGCUUCUGAAUGUAUGCUUUAUAUCUCUGUGCUGGUAGUGAUGGAAGUAUCUCCACAGCAUCUCCAGAAAGAGCUGGAACGUCUAGCAAUAAAAUAAAAGCAAUAUGUGUAGAGCAAUCUUAUGAAUCUGUUUUCUCUGUUCUUCGUGUUCCAAAGCUGUUCUUCGUGUUCCAAAGCUGUGCUAAGGGAGGUGGGUGGGUUUUGUGCAGAGAGGAUAGCAGCAUUUCAUUCCAUAGUUGCUCAAAAUGGACUUACCUUGCAGCACUUCACCAGCACUCAUUAAAACAGGGAAUGCAGAACCUGCCGCUCUCCUUUAUUGGGUGGAGGGGCUAGGCUACAACUCCCAUCAUCCCUAACUAUUGACCAUGUUGCCUGUGACUGCUGGAAGGGGGACUCCAGCAACAUCAGGGGGUAGCAGGUUAUGAAGCUAUCAAGAACAAGGCCUUCAGGAUGGUUAGAUUUCACGGCCUAGAUAUUCUCUUUCUCUCUCUCUCUCUUUCUUCUUCUUCUUCUUCUUCUUCUUCUUCUUCUAUCACUGGUAGCUGAGUGAGAUUGCCUGCCCAUGAACAUGGUCAUAACAGUGAGUCCGUAAGUGACUGUAGAGGCCAGUUCUGGAUCCACACGCCCUUCCACAGUGGGGACAUAGGUUUCUGGGUGGGAGUUGAUCACAGUGAGGAUUUGCCAAGCAUGCCUUCCUCUUAGCAUGUUUCUCCCUUUUGUCCUGAGUUUGAGCGUCUUCAAAGUCCAUGACACCUUUGGUAAAGGCUGUUCUCCAACUGGAGCACUCGCAGGCCAGUGUUUCCCAGUUGUCUGUGUUUAUACUACAUUUUUUUUAGAUUUGCCUUGAAAGAGUCUUUAAACCUCUUUUGUUGUCCACCGGUAUUUUGCUUUCCAUUCUUGAGAAUAGAGUAGUUGCUUUGGAAGACAAUCAGGCAUCUGAACAAUAUGACCAGUCCAUUGAAGUUGAUGUUGAAGAAUCAUUGCUUCAACACCUGUGAUCUUUCCUUUUUUCAGUACACUGGCAUUAGUUUGCCUUUCUUCCCAAGUGAUAUGUAAAAUUUGAAGACUUUGGCAGGUAUCCCAUCAGGUCCGCUGGCGUUGUUGUUUCUCAUUUGCUUAAUAGCUGUACACAACUCUCCCAGAUUUGGAGAUAUUGCAAGCUCAUCUCUAAUAUGUUUUUGCGGAAUUUAUGGGAGGACCUCAGCAGCUACGGGGGAGUUGUGGUUAAGGAGAUGCUGGUAAUGUUCUUUCCAGAGCAGUGCAAUAGCUUUUUUAUCUUUUAGAAGUGUGGUACCAUCUGCUGAGCAUAGGGGGCAUGUGCCAUGAUUUAUAGGUGGUCUUUGUGGCUUUAAAGAAACUCUGUACAUCAUGAAUGUCGGCUCAGUGCUGGAUCUCUUGAGCUUUUUUUUAUUCACCAGGUGUUCUUUAGUUCUCUGGUUCUUCUUUGAACCUCAGCAUUGGCAUAGGUUUUUUUUCUUAGUGGCACAGUUUCUAUCUCUUUGCCAGAUCUGAAAGCUCUUCCUUUUCUUGUGAAUAAUGUGUUCAAUCUCACUGGCCUUCUCAUCAAACCAGUCCUGGUAUUUCUUGGUUUGGUAUCCAGUGGUUUGUUCACAGGCUGAAGUAAAGGAUGUUUUUAGCUUGGUCCAGUGUUCCUUGAUGUUAUAGGGAACUCUGAAAGCAGAUGGUCCUUAAGAAUCGUUGGGAAGCAAUCCUGCUUAAUGGGAUCUUGAAGGGCUCGAGUGUUCAUUUUGCGCCUUAGUUUCCUUCCUUGAAGCCUGCGUUGAGGUAUAGUAUGUGAUGUUGAGUACGUCUGGACUCUCAUCUGUGUGUCAUCUUCAGUUAACUUAGGGUUGUGCUCAUUGCUGUUUUAAGAAAGUAACCAAGAAAUGUGCUUAACAUACUCAGAAUGGUAGAGCUAAGGUGACUUUAAAGCACUGCAUUGUUUGAGCUGUCUAUUUGUACCCUUUCUUUGAACGGUUGGUUUUCAAAGAUUACAAGAAAACCAAAGUAAAUGUUAAGCAUGGUACAGAGCAGAGGACAUGCGGACUUUCUCCACCAAUAGCCCUUGCCUUUAUUCAUUUAUUUAAAAUAUUUAUUAACAUGUUGGCUUUUUCACUAAAAAGAGAAAAUGCAAAGCAGCUCACAAAAACACAUGUGAUAAUAUUAACAGGUAAAUUGCAUCAAAGUAUUUUUAAAAAUACAGUGCCAAAAAAUAAUCAGGAGACUGAAGGCUGCUGCCACAAUGAUCAGUAUAACAGCAAUCGGUAACAUAAUGAUUUAUUUGUCAUUGAAGCAAAUGAAUUCUCUGAGGUUAGCAGAGUGCUUCCACCCCUUAUACUGUAAAAGCAAACCUCCUGCUUGUUUUGCUUGGCUUUGCUGGAGCAGGAUGCUGCCAUGCGCAGCAAUUUAACGUAGCAUGAGCCCAGCCCACUUCUCUGAUGCAUGGUGUAAGGAGAGGGGUGUGUCAUAGUCUUCCUGGAUGGCAGCAGCAAUGACAAAAGGUGUGGGUAGCGAUGAAAGUAAGGCUUGCAUUAGAGGUGGGAAAUUUUGGCUCCAGCUCUUGAUGGACUACAACUCCUGUAGUCCCUGACCUUUGGCUGUGCUGGCUGGAGCUGAUAGGAACUGGAAUCCCACAACAUCUGUGAGGCCUCUGCUUCUCCAGCCCUGGUUCAAAUGAAUACAGUAUGGGCCAUCUUCCCAUGGUUGCUCCAAAAUAUCAGCUGCCUCCAUUACAGACAAAAGGAAGAAGAGUCAUGGUCAUGCUGAGACAUAUCAUUGGUCAGGUGAUAUUGUAGAAUCACUGCCAUGGCAGGCUGUGUGUGUGUGUGUGUGUGUGUGUGUGUGUGUGAUAAAAUGCUGGUAAUAAGCAUAAAAUUAAAAGAGAAGUAUGCAGUUAGCAUGUAUUAAGAAAGUCGUGACAUUACUAUUUAUUAUUUAAUGUCAGAGCUCUUGGCCAAAUAUUGAGAACUUGAGAUAUCAGAAGGUUUUAGCAGUAAUAAAAAGGUAAAGGUACUGCUGACCGUUAGGCCCAGUCGCAGACGACUCUGGGGUCGCGCGCUCAUCUCGCUCUGUAGGCCGAGGGAGCCGGCAUUUGUCGCAGACAGCUUCUGGGUCAUGUGGCCAGCAUGACUAAGCCGCUUCUGGAGAGCCAGAGCAGCACACGGAAACGCCGUUUACCUUCCCGCCGGAGCGGUACCUAUUAUCUAUUUGCACUUUGACAUGCUUUCGAACUGCUAGGUUGGCAGGAGCUGGAACAAAGCAAUGGGAGCUCACCCCGUCACGGGGAUUCGAACCGCUGACUUUCUGAUCAGCAAGCCCAAGAGGCUCAGUGGUUUAGACCACAGCGCCACCCACGUACCUUUUAGCAGUAAUAGUGGAAGUUAAAUGGUCAUAUUGGUUAGGCUGAAAUCAUAUGCUGAAGUAUUUCUCUCCUAACCUAGGUCAUUAGGAAGUUGAGAUGGAGUACUGCAGUUUCAUUACGUGACCUGUAAAACACUUAUCUGAAAUAGUGAGACUUGGAAAAUCAUAACUGUGUGUGUGUUUGAACCUUUUUUUAUUGCCCUAUCAACAAAGUCCUCUAUGUAGUUCACACAGUAUUAAAACAAUAGACAUUUAAAAUGUUAACUAUUAACCAUUCAAAAUUCUGCCUUAAAACCAGCCUUAUUCUAGCAGGAAUGUGCUUUGUUAGGAUGAAGAAUUGCUCUUGCUAAUCUAUUUUAUCUGUCUGGUUUAUCAUAAUCAAAAAUACACUUUUUCUUUUCCACAGGCAAUAAGCAACAAGGACCAGCACAGUAUAUCCUACACCUUAUCUCGAGUUCAAACAGUGGUGGUUGAAUAUACACAUGACAGCAACACAGACAUGUUUCAGGUAUAUAAAGUAUGCUUGAGUUACAGAUCACCCCGGGAUUAAGACUGCUGGGGCCAUCAGAACUUGUUCUCGUGUUGAAAGAAGCAACUACAGUUGCAGUAACAUGAAAAAAUAAGGUUUUUUAUUUUGCUUGCCCAGGCCAUUAACGCUAAUAUAACACCAGCAACUCAACAACCCUGAGAAAAGUAAAACUAGAAAAGACCUUUGGGGGUUUAUUGGCUAAUGGAGAUGGGAAGGAAGUCCCUGUAAAGAGCCAGGGGAUCAGGGCUUUGUUCUCUUCUUGUCCACAGACAGCCAGAGUAAACAUAUUUUAGGGCCAUGUAAUUUGAUCUUUCUCUUCCUUUCUUGUGUAUCACCCUCCACCCCCCUUCUAUAAAGGAACUUCCUUCACAAGCAAAUUUUGAAGUUUCUCUCAGCUGAAAACAAUCACUACACGUUAAUGAAAAGCUGUCUUGCUGGGUACAGUGAACUAUUUCUGAAGAGCGAAUGCUCUUCAGAUUUGAGUUUUGUUCUGAUUUCUGAUCUGGAUUAAACUUAAUGAUUUUUCCUCAAAGAUCUAUUAAUAUUCUAUUACUAUAAUGGCACCCAAAAUAUACUACUCUUCUGUCUUACCUUCCUAGGACUUUUACAUUGCAGAUUUUGUAAGUUAUAAUGUGGACUACAGGCACUUUUAAAUUCAGAUCCAUGAAAAAUAGCUGCGGCAGGGAGAGGGCAAAAAGUACUGUGUCGGUUCAAACUGUCCUAUUGUGGCAUGAAUCUUCAUAGGUAACAGCCUCUCUCCAAUGUGCCAGAUUUCCCCAAGCCGGUGCCCUCCAGAUGUUGUGCUGCCCCACUGGCCCCAGCCAAUAAUCUGGGAUGAUGGAAGCCGUAGUCCAAAACAUCUGAAAGACACCAUGUUGAGGAAAGCUGAGCUGUGAGGUGUCAGGAGAAGGCCCCGGCCUGUCACAGGACUACAAAAUUAAGUAGCUGCUGUAAAUGCAUUCUCAUGAAAUACACUGGCAAGCCACAUACCUGAUCCUGAUAAGGUGUUUUUUUUGUCAAGCAGGGAACACAAAAGAAACACACCAUAAACAAUCUGAAGAAUCAAAGUGGUAAAGCUUCCCCCCUCAAAUUUACCAGUUCAGCCUGCAAGUGGCAGUUGCAUGCCUCAAAUGAUCCCCUACAAGAAAAUCAGAUAGAAAAUGAGUACACCAAGGAGUUCUAGUCCAGCCUUCACCCCAUCAUAAUCCAUUUUUAUCUGUAGGAACUUUAAUCUUUUGGAAAGCCUUCCAACAUAUCAUAGCCUGAAACAAAGCAGCCUUGUAAAAAGCAUUGCUGCUUGAAGCGCUUCAUCUCAGUGGCUUGCAGAAGCUCUCAAAUUUGUCUGAAACUGGAGAGUCGCUGCCACCCAGUGUAGACAGUACUGAGCUAAGUGGACCAAUGCUUUUACUCAGUCUAAAGGAGCUUCUUUUGUCCCUAUGUUGAUACUUUUGAUAGCAUAAAUUGGCCCAGGAACACAGUCCAGGUGAGUGGCCAAAGGUUAUCACAGUAGCAGGAGAGAUCUGCAGUUGCUGUUUGACAUGAUGGGCUGAGGGUGUCAAAACACUUUGCCUGUGAUCCUUCGGGUGUGGACCAACUUGUAGAACCUGUUGGCUCUUGAUCACUUCAAAACAGGGCAAAUAAAAGUGCCGUCUUUGGUGCUUUCGAAAUGGGGGUGGGUUUGACAGAAAUGAGGCUGUCACUUUGACAGAGGGUGGUUAAAAAACACAACAUUUAAGAUGCGCUGGUUCCAAUAGCUGCUCAAACAAUUUAUUUUUAUUUAUUUAUUAAACCUGUUCAUUGCCCAAGGCAACCCAAAGUGACUUACAAACAAGCAAACCAACAAACAAAACAAUAAAGCCCACAUAGAUACAUUAAAGCCCAUUUGGACCCAUUUCAGUAACUACUCAACAGCUAUGCUGGGGGAGAAUCUGCUGGGCUACAUACUUGCAAUACACCCCCCACCUUUUUAAGGGGCAUUAAUGUUUUGGUUUUGCAGAAGCUUUUGAUAAAACCUGAAAAGUGUUGCUUGCUUUACCUAAUAGGGGAUUCUUGGAUUGCAGCCAAGAGCAGCUGGCAACCCGUUGUUUUCAGCCAUUAAAACGGUGUGAGGCUAUCUGUGUUUAUGUUGAACUGAGUAGCUUAUCUGUGUCCUGACCACAUGCGUGUUGAAAGAACAUUCCUAAUUUCAGGCUACCAUUUCCCCAACCACGUGGCGGGGAUGUGUCCAGGGUCUCAGACUGAACAAUACAUGUGCUCUCUGAUUCACUACAGCAAGGGCAUUAAUUGAAGAACUGCUGCUGGAAUGUAGCUUUGGAUUCACAACCCAGUACAAAAAAAAAUCUUGAACUUGAGAAUACAUACUACUGUUCUAUAACUUUGAUGCAAGAUAUCAGUCUUAGGUCAGUUCUGCUGAAGUGGAACUCUUUUUGGGGGGCACCUCCCCUCCCCUACAGUUUUAGGCAGUAGUUCUCAGCCAUAUUAGAAUGACUGCAUUGGGAAUUUCUGCAUGCUUUCUUCAAUGAAUAGAUGGAUAGUAUUAUUUCCCAUUGCUCUAAAGAUCCCAAGGGGCUGUUCUUUGAGUCGGCAUUACAGCACUAAAGCACUAAAAGUCAAAUGAUUGAGAUAGGGUAGCAUGCUUGAGACUUAGUUAGGGCAGGGAUGAAAUAUUAAUUGUUGACUUUCACUAGAGUGCUUUGUAUCUAAAUCUAUUAUCCAUUUUGUUUUUGUCAGAUUGGACGAUCAACAGAGAGCCCUAUAGACUUCGUAGUGACAGAUACUGUUCCCGGAAGCCAGAGCAAUUCAGAGACUCAGUCUGUUCAGAGCACUAUCUCAAGGUUUGCUUGCAGAAUCAUAUGUGAACGAAAUCCUCCUUUCACAGCAAGAAUAUAUGCCGCUGGCUUUGACUCCUCCAAAAACAUCUUUCUAGGGGUAAGGGGCUGCUUCCUUCUGCUUCUCAAUGCAGGUUUUAACAUAUUAGCGUGCUUUUCAACUGAUCUGCAAAGAACCAAUGAAUGAAAGCUGUCUUGUUGAUGUUUUCCCCAUAGGAGAAAGCUGCCAAGUGGAAGACUUUGGAUGGGCAGAUGGACGGGUUAACCACAAAUGGGGUUCUUGUUAUGCAUCCACGCAAUGGAUUCACUGAAGACUCCAAGCCCGGAGUAUGGAGGGAGAUAUCUGUGUGUGGGAAUGUGUUCAGUCUUCGUGAAACAAGAUCUGCUCAGCAGAGGGGGAAAAUGGUAGGUCUGAGAAAAUAGUAAGUUUGCCAGACAGCUGUAAACAGCAUCCGUGAAGAUGUCUUGCUACAUUUGGAGUACAUUGCCCUAUUUCCACGAGCAUCUAAUCCGCUACUAGAUAUUUCCAGGAUGAGGAUCUAUGUUAGUAUGAGCACCUGGUACCUCGGGUUAAGAACUUAAUUCCUUCUGGAGGUCCAUUCUUAACCUGAAACUGUUCUUAACCCGAGGUACCACUUUAGCUAAUGGGGCUUCCCUCUGCUGCUGCUGCUGCACCACCACCGCGCGAUUUCUGUUCUCAUCCUAAAGUUCUUAACCUGAGGUACUAUUUCUGGGUUAGCAGAGUCUGUAACCUGAAGUGUCUGUAACCUGAGGUACCACUGGUAGUCCAAAACAUCUGGAGGGCCGAGUUUGCCUGUGCCUGUUUUAAAUUAAAUGCCUCAGCCUUAAAUAUUAAGUAAGUCAUUAAGUAUUAAGUCAUCGUUUGUGAAAUUUGUAUUUGUGUUCUCUUCCAGGUUGAAAAUGAAACAAACCAACUUCAGGAUGGUUCGUUGAUUGACCUCUGUGGAGCAACAUUACUGUGGCGCACUGCAGAAGGCCUUUCGCGCACUCCCACCGUGAAGCACUUGGAAGCUCUAAGACAGGAAAUAAAUGCCGCUAGACCUCAGUGCCCUGUGGGCUUUAACACACUAGCCUUUCCUAGUAUGAAGAGGAAAGACGUUGUAGAUGAAAAGCAACCCUGGGUUUACCUGAACUGUGGCCAUGUCCAUGGCUACCACAACUGGGGGAACAAAGAAGAGAGAGAUGGGAAGGACCGGGAAUGCCCCAUGUGCCGAUCUGUUGGCCCUUAUGUGCCGCUCUGGCUUGGAUGUGAAGCUGGAUUUUAUGUGGAUGCUGGCCCUCCAACUCACGCAUUCAGCCCAUGUGGACAUGUGUGCUCAGAAAAGACAACUGCCUAUUGGUCCCAAAUACCUCUUCCUCAUGGUACCCACACUUUUCAUGCAGCCUGUCCGUUCUGCGCACAUCAGCUUUCUGGUGAACAAGGCUACAUCAGACUUAUUUUCCAAGGACCGCUUGACUAACUUGUGUUAUCUGAGAACUGCAUUUAAAUACAUAAGCUAAAAGAUUCUAAUUUCAAAUGAACUGCCGUCUUAAAUUCAACUAUAUUUCAUUCUCUGGGCUUUGACAGUUUACUUUGAGAUGAAGAAUACUUAUUAUUUAAGUGGUGAAUUCCUCUGUAGAUAAUGGAUGAAGCUGGUUAUGUAGGAAAGAUUGGUGGUGGAUAGCUGGAGCAGACUGAAGGUAGUUCCUAGCCCAUCAUUUUUGAGAUGGAAAAGAUAACAUUCUUUGCCUUCAAUGUAAAUGAUUUGAAUAACAUGCCUUUAAUAUCUAAAAUUUGUCUUUUUAAAAAGCAUAUAAUUGAGGGGUGAAAGUGAUCAGUUCAAAAGGAUAUGAGUUUACAGCUUGGAUACAAACAUGUAAGAUAGAGCAACAUGUAUAGUAACUUCUUUUUCUAUUUAUCUUUGCUAUGAAAAAUUAUCCUAGGUGACUUGGAUAGAGUAGCAUGGUAGUUGUGUGUUGCAUCCAUUGACUGGAUGUGUAGAUUAGUUCUGGAUCAGGAAAGGGUAGGAGAUGGGAAUAUGAUAGAUGAGCUUUCUUUAUUUUGUAAAAGACUAAAUCAAUAUUGAGUUGGUAGAAAAGCAGCAGGUUUUAAAACAUAACUAAAGCAAAUUAAAUUGAUGUGCUUUUUGAAGUGCUUAACUACAUGUUGGAUUACUUGAUAAAAUCCUUGUUUUUUCUUUCUCUUUCUCUGUCUGGUAGAACUGUAACAAAAUGAACUGGUCACAUAACAUUUACCUGAUACUUGGAAUAUGCAAUUUGCCCUCAAUUAAGUUCUUUUCUCCCUCCAUGUUAUAUAUUAUGUAUUUGGUUUGUUUUUUGUUGCCUUGUUUUUUGCAUUUGCAGCACUGAAGGGUUUAUGCUUAUUUAAAUAAAAAAGAAAACACCAAGGUAUACAAGGUGUUCAGUUUUCUUCCUCUACUGGGAGAAACAAAAGAGAGCCAGGAAGUGAGUUAGGAAGGUUCUGUACAUUAGAUUAGGAACGGAUACUGGAGCACAGUAGGAUACCAUGGAGAUGUAUUUUUGUACAUGCUCAUACAUACUGUACC